AUGGGAGGGGAAGCAGCUGCUCCCUACUUCACUUCCAAUCCAGGCUCUGCUUCUUGCUCACACACACCAACACGCGCACGAACACACACUCACACACACAUUAGACUGCUGGUCGUGGAGCACCGGACAACAAAGGGUACACACAGGGGGGCUCACUGCAGCCAGGACAGGAUUACAGCAUCCACUGCCAGCGACAAGCUUACCAAACUCUUUUUCUUUUCUUGCUCGGGAAUAAAGCGUCAGUCAGACUGGAGGUGACCGUCAAAGAAGCGUUAAUCGCUCGCGUGGGUAAGCCUGUCAAUUAUAAUCUCGUUUUAAAGACGUGAAUUCUGCUUUUUUAUUUGUCCUUUGCACAAUUGUCUUAGAAAAUUCUUACCAUGAGAGUAAAAACUAAAAAUUCUCAUUGACACUUUCAUGGUUUUCAAAGAGGUGUUAUGAUUGUUUAAUGGUCGCAGUUUCGUUGUGAAAGUGCUAAUGACUGUUGUUCUCCCAGCUGCGCGAGCCGGUUCUGAAUAUUGAUAAUAAAAGGCAUUUAUAGACAGGUAUUGAUUCGUGACUGUCACUGUCUCCCUUUUCAAUAACUCUGCGCACUCUGACAGACAGUCGUCAUGAAGCAUGCUGUCCACCGCCCGGCUUAACAGCACUUAAUCUGUCAUUAGGGAGUUAUUUUCAGACAAGGCUACCAGGCGACGGGUACCGGCUGGCUACUUUAGCAAGCCGUCCAAGCCUCCCUUCAACCGGUUUCGUCCUUCCUCUGCGACGCUCUGUUUUUGUUUACUUAGUCGUCAGUGAAAAACUUUCCCCCCUCGUGCUUCUGUUUGUCUCCCCCCAGACAGUACAGCCGUACUUGUGAGCCUCGGCAGCGAGAUGGAGAUGGAGCAUUUCGACGUCGACCGGGACAAGGCUCAAAGACAUGGCCGGUCCAGUGCGAAGAUGAACGGGGUGCCGAGUCCUACACACAGCGCCCACUGCAGCCUGUAUCGGACCCGGACCCUGAAGACUCUGUCAGCGGAGAAAAGAGCCAAGAAGGUCCGUUUCUACCGCAACGGAGACCGGUACUUCAAUGGUAUAGUUUAUGCCAUCUCUUCAGACAGGUUCCGGACCUUUGACGCCCUGCUGGAGGACCUGACCCGCUCCCUCUCUGACAAUGUGAACCUCCCCCAAGGCGUCCGGACUAUCUAUACCCUGGAUGGCUCUAAGAAGAUCAUGGCUAUAGACCAGCUGGUAGAGGGUGAGUAUACAGCAUUACAGCACUCAUGCAUAGUUUAUAAAGAGUCAAACUCUUCUUUGCACCAGAGCCUUUACCUGAAACCCCAUUCUAGCCUGGCCAGUGCCUCUUUCUGUAUAUAUUUAUCUUUGUUCUUUUGCCAUGAACCCACCAGAAGACUCAAAUUAAACCUGUCUGCUAUAGACUGGUCUGACAUAGUUUUCAACUUGAUAGUUUUGGCACAGACUCCCCCAAAUUACGAGGAUUUUGGCACUCACUUGAUGGCCAUGUGGUCAUAGAAGCGUAUGUUUGGGCUCAGAUCCGCUCUCUCUUGAUCUGUAUUACUCUCUUACAAUACAUAAAAUGUGGUAGAAGUUGCUAACAAUAUCACUGGAUGACACCGGUAUCAAAAUACGUGAAAACCAGAAGUAUAGUAGGAAUUACAUUUCAAUAUGUUUUCUCAUUGGUUUUGUUGCCUAUAGCUACAUAACUGGGAUAACUACACUUGUGUUUUAAUUAUAUCUCUACGUUCUUUACAAUUUUUGUUCAAGAUUGAUUUUUUUCUGAAGGUCAUGUGAUUUAAUUCAAUAUUUUUUGCAAUAAAUCUCUCCUCGCUUAUUCCAACAGGUGACAGCUACGUGUGCAGCUCUAUCGAAGCCUACAAAAAGUUGGAUUAUGCGAAAAAUGUCAACCCCAACUGGUCAGUGAACGUCAAGGCCUCUGUGGCGUCCGCUCGGGGGCCUCCCUCCCUCAGCAGUACCAUGGCCGGUGCUCCUGAGAGCCGUGAAAUCAAGGACUUCAUCCGUCCAAAGCUUGUGACCGUGGUGCGGAGCGGCGUGAAGCCCCGUAAAGCUGUGAGGAUCCUGCUGAACAAGAAAACAGCCCAUUCCUACGAGCAAGUCCUGACUGACAUCACCGAUGCCAUCAAGCUCGACUCGGGGGUGGUGAAGAAGAUCUACACACUGGAGGGCAAACUGGUGAGAAAUCUUUGGUUUAUGGUUGUAGAAGAGACAUGCAGCUGGUUUUAUUUGUACUCUCAGUGCUUCUUUGGAGUGUUGGACGUAUCUUUGACUUUGGCAUGGCUGAUAAUGCAGAUGGGCAGUCUGCAUCCAAGGAAGUAGCAUUUCUCGUUGUUUUACUGGACCUCUCUCGUCUCAAGUCAUACAUUAUGCUGAUGCUAAGUGGAAAGUGUCCUCUCAUAAGCAGUCUCUAGACAAAAAAGGCCAGAUGCUGAGAUAGAAGUGUGAUAAAAUGUGUCUUUGGUGUGCGGUACUAUGUUUCAGGCACCUGUUUUCAAGCUAAAUGGAUGUAUCAACAGACAGACAGAAGCACCACAGCGGCUAAAUAUUUUAUGACCACACUCUCAUUUCUCUUUCAUGAGCCUUUUAUGAAUGAAGUGUCGCCGCUCACAGCCAGAAGUGAAGCAAGAAACAGUGACACACAGGCAAAAAGAGGUCAGGAGAAGGUAAAGAUGGAAGAGAUCUGUGAAUGGAGCCCACGCUGCACCAGAGCGCGGCCUCUCAUCACAGAAAUGAAUCAGGGCCCCUUGAUAGUCCUCCCACCCAUUCAGCUCCCUCUCUCAGCUGUGGAGGGAGACACUAUAAAAAGACCACGAUUGUACAUCUUGUAUGCGUUUACCUGCGCACUUAACCUCCACAAAGUGAACGUAGGAGAGUUAAUGGCUUGUGCCGUAGAUGAAUAUGAUUAAAAACACUUUCACUGUGCUCCCUCAUGUUUAUUUAGUGUGUAUUUUUCAAGGUAAAUAGAUAAAGACGACGUCACAUUUUGGAUCUCUGGGAUCCAGGUUUUGCGACAGACUUCAGCUCUCUGCCGUCCUUGUGUUUGUCCUUAUUUCACCUCUUGAUCUUAAACAUGACCCCAUCUCAUUAUCAUUACCUCGUGUCUGUCUGCUCCCCUCUUUCGGCCUCUCUGUCCAGAUCCGGAUUAUCAAAUGUAGCAACAUAGAGCCACUUCUUUCUUGGCAAAGGCCUCAGAAUUAAACUGUUGUGCUGAAAGAGAUCGUGUCUGAUUUAAAGGGCGUUGUGCCAUUCUGUGUCAUACAGCAGUAAUCAUCCUCUAAAUGCCCAAUUUGUGGCUCAUUUUUUAAUGAAUAUGCACUUAGCCUUAGGGGCCUCUUCACUCUCAAUUGCCACUUGAGUUUUUUGUGUUACCGUUUAUCCCACUUCUAAAUCUCUGUCUUCAUGUUUUGGCAUUAGCGUGUUGUUUUCCUCCGAAGCCUUAUAGUUUAUGUAAUAAUCAACUGGUUAACUCUCAGGAAGUCUCUCCAGAUUUCCUCUCCUAACUGACUGUUAGAUCCAAGCAGCCGAUAAAAUCUCAGGAUCAGCUUUUUUUUUUUUUUUUUCCUGAGAAACCUCCUGUUGGGGAUUAAACUUACGCUUUUGCACAAUGCCUACUAACACUGUGGUUGCCAUUGGUUACUGUUAUCCGAGAGAUUAUACAACAACUGCUGCUCUCGCCCAGUUCAACCCUUCUGAGAUUGGAAAUAAAACUAGUAUGGUUAUGCUAUUUUUAGGUGCAGUAUUGAUUGGGCCUGUAGGCAUGGUAACACACUCACUGCCAAAUGGGCUGGGCUUGGCUGAAUGCAGAAACAACUCCUUAUUUUUGUGUGAGUGUAUAUAUAGAUAUGCGGCAUGAUUUUGAGUUGGUAAUUAUCUUGUUAAGAGACAGGCACAGAGAAGAAAUGUGAAUUCUAAGCUAGAGUAGCAAUCAAGACUGGGGGAAAUGGUUUUCUAAAGGAUUUUUGCUCAAGUUUGGCAACGUCUGUGUGUGUUUUUCUCUAGAUGAGGGAAAUCCUUGAGUGCCUCUGUACACAACCUUUUUCCAGAACAGACGAGAGCUCUCAAGAAACCUCUAUAGGCUUGUAGCAAAUAUGGAUAAACCAUGGCAAAAUGGAAUGAAACAAAAAUAUAAAGUCAGAUUUUUGUAACAGCGAAGUAUCCCUCAAUUAAAUUUUGACUGGAUAAAAAAACCACAAAGUAAGUGAAGGUAGAGAGUUAAGACGAUCAAACUGUAUGCUGAUGACACUUGGAUAUACAUUAUUGAUUUCAGCUGAGUGCUGAACUUAUUUACUUGAGUGUGCUCUGGGAUAAGGUUACAUUGGUAACGAGAGAGAAGGGGGGUGUAAGUGUCUGUGAGUACUUGCAUGUACUUGCUUGUGUAAGUACAUAAUUUGCUGUGUGUGGGCUGCUGUCAUCAGCUGAGCCAUGUCAGUCAUCGAGCCCACAGCAGAAGUAGGUUUCUGGGCCUUGCUGUCAGUAACUGAGUCCCGGCAGAGCUCCAGAGCCUGGAGAGGGAAACUCAGGCGCUUUGCCUCCAUUAACCCCUGUAAUGAGGCCAUAGACAGUAAGAGAGGAUGUACAUCAUAGAAGGCCUGUUAUUUCUUUUUUUGUCUCACAUAACCACUAAAAAUUUGUUUCAUGCUGUGUGGAAAAAUUCUGAAGUCAAAAGUUCGGUUCUGUCAAUUUUGUAGUUAAAGUUAGCUAAGAUUAUGAUAGAGUUUAUUUGCAGCCGCAGUCACCUCUUAGACCAUUCAUCAAAGUUUUCAUCUUUGAGUAUUUUUUAAUUUUCAUACAUCAGUAUUAUGAGAGUGUUGAGAUAUGAUCAUGGCAGAUUGCUUAGUCACAAUAAAUCUGGUUCUGUGUGAGGUUUCUGCCUGCUGGGAAGAUUUUUUUUCUGUCAGCUGUUUAUUUGAGCUUAUUGGUAAAUUGAUCUUUGAUCUCUCAAAUAAUAAUACAAAGAGCACGAUCUAGAUCUGUAUCAUGAGGCAUAUAUUGUUUGGUUUAGUGUAUUGAUCUGUUGAUGAAUUAGGAGAGGCAUGUUGCAGGUUGUGAACAAGUCUCUGUGAGUAUCUGGUAUUUCCCAAAUAUAUUGUGUCCACUCAGCCCACUUGGAGCUUACUCCACUCAGCUAUCAAAUUUCUGUAGGUAAUUGAGCAACUGUGUGAGAAAGCAUAUAUCGAGUUCCACCACCAAUAUUGAUUCCCUCGCUGCAAAAGACCUCAUUGUGUUACCCAGGUGGUAUUUUUAGCUCCAUCCCCUCUCCUCUGGGGUUACCACAUCCUUGUAUAUUUCUUAUCAUACUCUCCUUCACCUUUGCCUGUUUCUAUGAUGAUUUGAUCUAGUUGCCUAGAAACCAUGCAGCAGACCUGCUGUGAUGUCGUACAGUAGCUCGGUGAGAUGGUGUGGUUGGAUUGGUCUGAUCAAGAAGACUUGUAAGUGGCUUAGGACACGGACAUGGCUGGCCUAUUAAUACAGCUAAUCUCUGUUUACACACAGAGAGUCAUGCACACACACAGAAACACACACGCGCACACACACACACACGCAUAAAUACAAAGAAGUCAGACCACAGCUGCCAGCAUUUCAGGGCUCACGCAUAUUUAGGCACAGAUAAUGACACAGACUCGCUUUGAUGGACCCAUCAAGAUUUCUGCCCAUGCAUCACUAGGCAUUAACUGCAGGAAAUUAUCAGCCAGUGUGCGUGAAGUGGCGACACUCAUUCAUCUCUGUGGCUGUUUGUGUUCUGCUUUUUAGUAUUCCAUAAAUGAGCUCUUUUGUAUGGAUCUCAGUGGGUUUGGUGUGAACAAGAAGAAGUCCCACAUGGACAGUUAAUGCUUGAAAAUUACAGGGCUUUCACAGGAAAUAUAUAUUUUUGUCAAGAUAGGAUGGUAAUGUCACUCUGUUAGAUAGUUGAUGUGCCACCAAAUGAUUAUAAUAGCCUACUAAAUUUGCAGAUUAAUGAUCCCCAGAGAUUUGAAUAUAACUGAAUUGUAUGACUUGACUUUCCUACAAGUGCCACCAGGAAGGUGAUAUCUAAUUUUUUUGGGAAGUUUUAGCCAUUUAUCAGAUUAAUUCACAUGCUUACUUGACUCUGCACCUUCCCUGUUUGUCUUGGAUGUGUUAUUUUAAUUGUAGCUUUGUAAUCGCUGUAUUGCAAUUUUUUAUGUCUGAAACCGCUGCAAGGGGCAGGUGUCAGACCAGAUGAGUGACAGCACACCGAUGAGACAGCUCCUCUCUUCAACUCCAAACACUGAUAACAAGUGACACUUUUGAUCGCUUCAAAAAGUUAUAUGUAGAAAGGACAAUAUCGGCAAAGUAACUAUAUGUACAUUUUGACCUGAAAAGGGGUGUCUAAAUUGACACAAGCUAAAAGUUUUUGUAGCAGCCUUAAGGCAACACAGUCCUGACUACUAAGACCUCACAAUACGUCAAGUCAAUAAUAUAUUAUAUUCAAACAGCACUUCUAAAUGAAAUAAGAUGACCUGUAACUCUGUCUGUCAACAACUCCUUGGUGUGUUGGUACAACAAACUGUUUUAUGUUAUUGUUGGGGUGAAGAAGGGAGUGCACUCUGUUUACAAUAAGUCCUGCCAAAGACAACACUCCCUGUCAAAGCACACAAACUGUACGCACACACAGGUAUGCCCUCGCCAGUUCAGCCAGCCAAGUAUAUUGUUUCCUACAAGUGCUCCUUUUGUUAUUAAACAGUGGUUCACAAACGAAUUCCAAAUGCACUACAGCUACUAUCUGGCAGCACUGCAUUACCAGAAUAAAGAGAUAACGAUUGCAUGAUCUCUUAGAUUAUUUUAUAUGAACCAAAACAUUACCCAUGAAUGAAACUUAGUCUUACAUUACACCAAGAUUAUAUUUGAUUUUUAAUCUUUGUAUUUUUUUUUAACUUAUUCACAAACUUGGGCCUCCAACUAGUCUUUUUUCUUGGAAAGCUCCUUGAAAAAUGUCAUUCUGAUUGUAAAUGCCCAUUAGGUAUGAUGCUGUAUAAUGUGUGAUCAGUUCCCAUAGAAACAGUCAUGAAGCAGCCUUGAAGCAGCAACAAAAAUUACCAGCAAACUACUUCAGAAUUCAUGCUUCUCUUUCAAGCAUGGAUUUUUCUAUAUAUGUUUCGAUCCACCCUCUAUACAUUUCACAAUCCCACAAUUUUUCACACCCAGCCACAUGGCAGAAAUAGAGGUUAUAUGUAGGAGAAGAGUGUUGACAAACCACUUGUUCACUAUCUGCAGUGCAGCUCUCACUUCUCAAACCGCAUUGCUGUCCUGUUAUUCUCCUCGUUGGCAAGGCUGGAGAGCUUUUCAUGUCCUUUUAUCUUCCUCUUCUCCUUUCUUACCAUUUGAAGCCUCCUUCUUCUCCCUCCCUCCUAUUUUCUUUAUUUUCACGUUUCCACCACCCAUCACCGUUUCUAUUUCUCUCCCCAUCUGCAGUUACAUAAUCUUUAGUUCUCUUUCAAAAGAUUGACUCUCUUCAUAACCAUCAGUUGUCAGAGCUCCCUGUGAUCUUCUUUCCCUUGUUUCUCUUUUCUUUCUCAGCCUCAUCUGUAUCUUGUCGUCAACAUGCUAUCAUUUUCACGCCUGUUUAGUCCUUGUUUAAUUAGCAGACUCUGCACGCUCCCCAAAAUCCAGGAGCUGCAACAUAUGGCAUCGUUCUCUCUCCUCCAUGCUCUGUCUUACCUUUCUAUCCCUCCCCUUUUCACCAAACUAUCCCAACUUCAUUCCUUUUCUUCAGUUCUUCUACAAAUUGUGUUUUACUUUUAUGCUCCUUUCCUGUCUCUGGUCUGCUUCCAGCUCUGCAGGGAUUGUAGAAAUGGUGCUACAACGUCACUUGAAAAUGUUGUUUAUGAUGAAGAGAUAUUUCUCUGCUUUUUGUACUAAUCUUUUAGCAGUUUGAUAAACUUUACUUGAUGUUUUCUUUUAAUAAGACACUUAAUUCUGCACAGGAGGAUUGUGGGAAGGACAGUCUGUCUGCUCCUGCUGAUCUGCUGAGUCACAGCUACUCAGCACAGCCCAGUGUGUGUGUGUGUGUGUAGGGAAGAGUGAAUGUGUGCCAUGCACCUAGUUUGCUGUAAAUUGGCUCCUGUACAGUUUUUUUUUAACAAAUGACUUAGAUACUCUGUUUUUAGAUGGGUCAUGGAGCAAUCCUCAGCAGAUACUGGUGACGUUUUUUUAUCUGGUUAUGAAGGCAGAGCUGCGUCGAUAGGUUAUCUGUCUGUCUUUGUUCAGAGGACCUGCUGCCAGAUUUGGAUCGAUGGUAGACAUUUCCAGCACUGGCACGCCGUUGAGAACCCAGUCACAAAAUAAGGCUACCUCGUCAUACACACGACCGUCUGAGUCAUGCAAUACCUGACUCACGCACUCCCUCUCUGAUCUGCCUCGACUCUCUAUCCAACGUGGUGCUUUUCGAAGCUGGCAGGAUUUAGAUUUUAAAAGUUUUGGGCGAUCACGGCUGAAUCAUAAAACAAGGUUGUAAGCACAAGAGGUGAAAGUGUUAUAUUUCACUAACCAAGAUGUUGCACCAUCUUCAAAUUAAAGUUGUUUUUAGACAUGAGUAGCUCCUCUCUGUCACUGCCCGUCUGUGAAUACCAAACACUCUGGGUUAACUGAGUUCAGCCCGCAGUUUUUAAGUGAACUUGAGUCAACAUUACUUCCGAAGAUGUCCCGAAGCGACUUCUUUCCCAGUAAUUUAAGGAGACAUUCAAACGCCAUGUGAUCCACGAGUGAUAAGUGUCAAGGUAGUGAAACACAAACAGGUUUAAACUCCAAAUUUGGUUUUGUUUCUUUCACCCAAAAGACAAGAUCACAGGCUCAGUGGUAAACCUGUCAAAUAACUGAACAUGGCUAAUGUUAGAGGAACAAGCACCACCAGCCUCAAGUCCACCUUUCAGUUUAAUGAUCACGUACCUCUGCUACUUACACAUUGUGCUCUGGGGUGCAAUGGGGUGCCAUCUUUCACCUGUGCUUGUUUACAUCUGGGUAGUAGAGCGUUCUAGGAUUUUAGGGUAAACUCAUACCGGGAGCUAAACUCUUAUCCAGUGGCAGAUGGCUGCCUCUAAAGCCAGAUGCAAUGUGACUGGCACUUUGGGCAUAUAGUAAUAAAGACAGUGAUAACUAUUUUAACCAGCUAGUUAUCCUGGUGCUGACUGGAGAAGGUGUCAACAUUCAGUUUGUUGUGAUUAUGCUGACCUGAAUUUUAGUCACUGUCUGGGUGCGGGAGUGAGGUGUUUUUGACGUGCAAUCCAAUGUCCAAUCCAAGGUUAUAGUUGAAUUAUAUUUUUGCCCAAAAAAAUAAAAAAAUAAAUAAAAAAAGACAGAUACGUCCAACUUACGACGAUGGCAGUAAUGAGGGUGAGCGUGGUGUUGAAGAUUAGCGGUAAAGUCCGUGUGCUCUUCCCGUUCCCCAGAUCACUGCUUCACCUGUGUCCCUUUUGUAGCAUUUACCAGCCCAUUCACCUGAAGUGGUGAUUGUCAAGUAACAAAACUAAACCCAAAAAAUAAUACAGAUAAAAUGGCUCAUACACAGUUGUCUUUUGGACUGUAUAUGUGUUCCUAGUUUCUUCCAUCCAGUUUUUAAAUCGCUCCGCAUGACUGUUUUAUUUUCACUUGUUCCUUUUCCUUGAGUUUAGUUUAAAGGGUUGAAGUUGAGAAGAGAACUUGCUUACAAACUCACAUUACCCUCUGCAGCCUUACAUAACAUUAGAUCCAUCGUCUUCUGUCAAUGUCUGGCAGUAACCUGUGCACCAACACGCUCACAUCUUUAAUUCAGACUCCCACUCACACUAUUUUUGAUAAGGGAUUAAAGGCCACGGGCUAGAAAGAGAAGAAGAUCAACAAUUGGGCUUGGGAGGUAGAAAAAGAAAAAGUAUGAGGUAACUCGACAAGACAGGCGUAAGUGUGACAAGGAAGAUGAGAUAAAAUUGGCAACACAAAAAUGUCAUAAAAGAUGGAGUCAAAGUCGAGACUGAUGCCACGUUCAGCCUUCUCUAAACAAACAACAACAGUGCCAGAUUUCUUAUUUUUUAUUCAUGUCAUGAUUGCUAAAGUUCGGCUCCCUGUAGACACGUGAAAGACAGCAUAAAAACAUCCACAUUCAGAAAAAAAAAGUAGUUCCAAAACAAAGUUUGCCAUCCCCCUAUGGAGAGCAGAGGCUGUUACAUAAGUUGUUAUGCAAUAACACAGCAGCCAUCCAGCAGCCCAGCAGACUGCUGUGUGAGUUUGAGGUUAAAGAAGAACCGGUGCCAACUCAGGCCACUGCACAUUUAAUUAGCCUCACAUCACCACGGCGUUUGUGUCUUAUCUCCAUCAUUCCUGUGACUUUCCAGUCAGUCCCAUCCUCGGUCAGUUUCUGUGAUUAAACGGGGACAUGCGCGGUCUGCUGAUUGAGACAGUGGGAGGUCAUGCAGGGUGUGAAUUCUCCCUGGGGGCUCAGAUGUUUUUUCCUUUGCCCUUAACUCCUGCAGAUCGAUUUCUGUCUACCUCUCCCUCCCUUUUUAUCAGACAGUGUCGCUCUUUUCUCUGGCUGUCUGUGUCUCCCCUCAGCUUUUCAGAAGAUUAUUUGAAGGCAAGAGAAUUUUUUUGCUGUGUCAUUUUGAAACUGAGACUGUAUUUCUAUUGGCUGCAAGGGGUUUGUACUUUCAGGGAUUUUAACCCACACAGAGCUUUUGUACUGUCUUUUGUUGUUUUGAUUAAACUAAAUGAUUUGUUAUAAAAACAGUGACUUGUACUUGCAGUUCAAAAAGAGCUUACAGUUAAAUUCAGCUUGGUAUAGACUGCUCUGUUCUCUGGAAGGGAAAGUUAAGCCUAGUUUUUAGUAUAUUCAUCAUGAUCACAUCUUUGGGUCACAUAAAUAUCUGUCUCUGUCAUCUUUUUCUCCUCCUCCCUUUAAAUCCCUGUUUCCUCAGACUCUCUGCAUGUUUGACUCCAGCGCUUUGCUCUUUCUGUUUCUGUCUCAUUCUGUCUCAAAACAACACUCCCUUCUGUUUCUCACUCAGUCCGCCUGUCUUUUAGGAUCCAGCCGUCUGUCUAUCUACCCGUCAGUCUGUCUGCUUCUUCAGUCCUGCAGUGGUAAAUGUUUCAGAGCAGCCCCUCAUGUCCAUCCUCCCAGCUGCAGUAUAUUCAGCACCGCGGACAGCUCCCCCCUCUGCUAAGCUGCUCAGACUCGGAGCGCAGCAGAGCUCGGCCCUCAAAAAAGUGCUCCCUCUUUAGGCAGGAUAAUGUUGACCUCAGCUUGUCCUUAGUGUGACCAAUGCAAGUCUAUUGUGGCACAGGAGAUUAGUGGCUGAGUCCUCAAUCUCUUCUUCGGUUUUGUUUUUUUCUCUGACCGUCUGUCCUAGUAUCUUUGAAAUCCCUCUGCUUCUUAUUAGAGGACAUAACACUUCAAACUACUUUUGCAUUGAAAUGUUACAGAGUUUUUAAAGUGUAUCUCAACUAUUAUACUGCUUUUAUUUUUAUUCAUUUAUAAACUUUCAGAUUAAUCCAACAGUACUCUCCAACCUAAAGAGCUCAGAUAAGAACAAGAACAAAAACUAUUUUAAAAAUGAUCAAAUUUUACAUGAUUCAAUACAAUAUUUGAGGUUUGGUUUUUGAUAUUUAACUAACCGAUGAGUUGUUUUAGCUCUUAAUCUAAUACCACUCACUCUGUAUUGCUUAUCUUCUAGAGGUAAAUAUGAUUGCAUGUGGCUUGCCAGUUGAGUUAUUUCUGAGUGGCUGUCAGAAACUCCCUCCAAAACGCGAGGAGCUGACAGACAAGUCCUCAAGAAGAGCUGCGAUCUGACAGGCAGACGAAAAUAGCCGAUCUAAAUGAGCAGAGCGAGAGCGAGGCCUGCUUUCACAGAUCAUUUGUUUCCAGCAGCUGAAGGGAACACCCCAAACCUCCACUGCUGCAUGUGCGUGUGACUUUUUCAUCAUUUCUUUUUGUCAGACAAAACAAACAAACAAACAAACAAAAAAGGGAUUUCAUGCUCACUUUAUUUAGUCCCUUCCCACGCAUUUUCCCUUGUCCUUGAAAACCGAAACUCAAAAUCUACACCAAUGCCUCUACAGUCAUCCCUCAAGACACGCACUGAACAGUCCCAGAUUUAGAGUGUUUUUUAAUCCGUGCUCUGCUGCUGGCUUACAUCAAGAGAAGCAUGUGGUUUGAGUCUCAGUGUGUUUCACAGGUUGAUAAUUGAGCUACUUGCAUAAAACAAGUUGCGUCUAAAUCUCUUCUAUCAUUAUGCUUUUAUUUUGACAUCUGAAUGACUGGUAAAACUUUCCAAAACGAGGAGUUAUUAGACAGUGCCCCCAUGUGGUGAAAGUGCCUCUGUACUACUUUGCUGUAUACCUUUUUUUUUUUUUUAGUAGUGGUGUCAUGCAAACAUCAUGUAAAGCGUUAAAUAAAGACCAAACCUCAGCAUGUUUUUGUUAAGAUUGAAGACAAAACAUUUAGAGAGAUGAACAAACAAGUGACAAAAAGCAACUACUCUGAUUCCUUGUUUUGUGUUUGUACACUAGGUGGCGCAGUCUAAGCAUAAAUGGUUCCACAGAGAAGUAUGCAAAGUGAAGUAGAAUUGUUAUGUAACAUGAUUUCAGGAGGAGAUAGAUUUCACAGAUUUAUGUAAUUGUCUUUCUCUGUUUUGUCCAUCUCUUGAUGUUAAACAUGUGCCCUUGUUGUGAGAUAAGUUUUCAUGCUCUGGUGAAAUUGGACAAUACUGGAACAAGAGUGGAGCUCUCCAGCCGUGUUUGAAGUGAUACACAAUCCUUAAACCUGUCAAUCUUUUUUUUUUUUUUGUACCAGCAUGCUUACAUUUUAUUUCAAACCAAAUAAUACUUAAAUGAAGUGAUUACAUAAUCUCCAAAACCCUCUUGAGAGCCAGCGAGUGCUUUUGAUGGCUGUGACCCACUCUUAUCACCCAUGUCCCACUUUAAUAAAGCUGUGUGAGAGUUGAUGGCAGGGUUAUGAAAUUGCCAAUUUUCACACUCCUCUGCUCUUUUCUCCCGUGCUUAUUUUAGUCCCUCUCCUCACCACCACUGCUCUGUUUGUUUCUUCCUGUCCUUGUUUUUAGCAGCGCUGGAUGUUGUGUAACUGCGCUGCUUCUCUGUGCGAGCUGAGCACCAGAGACAUCAAAGCAGCUUGUUUUGUCAUCGGGCUCAGAGAAGAGCUCAGAGCAGCAGUCAGGAAUAGAUCUCCUCCUCCUGUAUUGCUUGAUUUUUCACUCUUGUCUGUUUGCAUCUAGGGUGACUCGGGGGAUUCGAUUAAUUUUUUGUGUGUGUGUGUGUUUUUGUCUAAUUCUUUCAUCAUUUUUUAAAGUUACCCAGCUUCUCUCCUCUCCAUCAGUCAUUAUCCCUCUGCUUCACCUCUGUCAAACAGGAGCGAUUGCAUAAGUAUCUCAAUAUUAACCAGGCUGUGUGCCUCUGUGUGGGUGCGUGUGCUUAUGUGUGGUUUUUGUGUGAUGACACAGAUCUGUAGAGUAUCGUGCCCAUAGUAGAUAAAAUAUGAAUGAUGUAUCUCUCUAUCACACUGUGCACAUCAUGCACUCAGUGGCACGCACCAGCCAUGCAUUGAUGCCUAGAGGGCAUAAUCACCAUGGCAACAAUAUUUCUUUCACACCCCUCUCAGUGUACAGUACGUUUGUAUGUGUUGCUCCAUAUUUAAAUAUCUUCAUCUUAAAUACAUGAUAACUUUCCCGUUCCUUUUUUUCUUUACUCCUCUUUAUAAUCAUCAUGUUUAUUGUAUAUUUCAGUUGUGAUGUUUGUUGGCUUUGUACCGCACAUUUCUGGUGUGCUACAGUUUCUAUAUCAGGAGCUUCAAAAGGUUUCCUUUCAGCAGCCGCCUCUUAGUUGACUCCAGUGGCAGCAACACUUCUUGCCCGGGGGAUGUGGUCAGACUGACUCAGAAAUCCAACUAAAAUCCUCUCUGACACGAACAAAGCUUUCAACAGGCUGAGUGUUUUUUUGUUUUUUUUUUUGGCCUUUUCAAACAACACAGGUCUGAAAAAAAUGGAUAACAUCCUGAGAGAUUAAAUAAAGAUUAAGAAAAGGAUGAAAAAACUUGUUUUAUCUGUACCACCAAAGCCAGAAAGAAUUCCUUUAAACACUGUUUUAUCAUUUAUCAAGUACAAUGUUAUAUUUCAGUACAAUAAAAUGCAGAAAAACUAAAGCAAAAACAUUACAAACCCAUCCCCCACCCUUGCAUAAAAACAGAUAAGGCCUCUCUCUCUUAAAGGGAUUUUCCGGCGUAAAAUUAAUUUAGGGUCAAACACACCGUAACACCGAGUUAGACAUCCCCUCGAGACAUGAUUGUUGCCGACCGCUUGCUUCUCUAGCUGUAUCAACUUUACACAAUACACAGUGGUCUGAGGAGCCAUAAACAAACCUCAACCGUAACACCACUCUAUAGCCACAAAUAAUGCUCAGAACAGCACCUAACUUCAUCAACAGUAAAUGUAGGGUCCUAGCCACAGCACUAGCUACCAAACAUCUUUUUAACUUUGCCUAAUUUCUUUAGCAAAGAGACUAAACACACCUCACCGACUCUCUUCCAGCAGCCGCUUGUUUGUAGCAAGACCUCAGGCCAGUCCUGAGGUCUCAUACAUUUGAAUAUGUAGCUGUAUUAGCUGUAUUAGAGCUGUAUUACAGCUGUAUUAGAAUGGAUAAUGACUGUAAGGUAAUCACAUUUAUUAGUUGAGUUUAUAAGGUACUUCACUCUUGUCUUGCCUUUCCUGAAUCUGAGUCAUUGUGGUUUUAUUUUUACGUUUUCCAUAAAUAUCGCCAGAAGAUCCGUAUCAUUGUAAAAACUAACAACCCUAACCGUCGAUGGCACCACAGCACCACCUGAGCUUUCCAACCCCAGAAUGAUAUGAGAGGAAAAUAUAAAGAGUGGAUUGUAAAUGGGAUGCUAUUAAAAAAAUCUGCUAUAUAACUUUCAUAACCUGCAAAAGAAGUGAAGAUUUCUGUGUUUACUUGCAAUAACAACUGUUUGUUUUCCCAGACAGAGGCUUGGAUAAGAUGAUAAUAGUACCAUUAUGUCACAGCUGUAAUUUUGUUCCUGUCCUUGUAUCAGCCAGUUUCAUACAGACUUGAUCCUGUCAAACAAGCUCGCCUGUCGUCGCCCUCAAGCCAAAACAACAUAGUAACAAGUUUAUCGUAUUAGUCAUUUCUGCUAAUGAAAUAAUCCGUUGACAUUUUAAUUACACUUUUGAACAAAUUAAUUUUUCACUGUUUUCUAGAGUCGAAUGUGACUUUUUGAAUAUGCUUGGGAUGCUACAAGAGAAUUUGUCUGCGAUUGUGUGGCGGAAGAUAACAGCUCUGCCAAGAACAGCUAAUAACCAUCCUAAUCACAAGCCUGCAGCACCUCGGAGCAAAGUGAAAGUCCUCAGCAGACACAACAGCUUAUGUAAGAAUGAAAUAGCAAGCAAAACAAAACUGAUAUAGAGAUGAAAAUAAACUAUAAUUCAGGAGAAAACAGUCCAAGUAGACAUAGAAGUGGACAAAGCUUUCCGUCAGCGCAGACACUCUGGGAAAAUUGUUAACAACACCUGCGUCUGUAUUCCAGCCAUCUUGUUAAGGAGUGGAGCUGCUCGGCCCUGAAAUAAUCAGCGGAACGCUAUCAGGGGAGAUCAGGGAACAGAGCAAUAUGCACUCUGUUAUGAAACCAUAACAAUAUUGCUUCCUCACCGACACAGACUCGCUGACUGUGAUCCAUGAGUGCAGAGAUGUGUGUCUUCAUGUGAUGUGGUGCUGAGCUUUGGCAGACACACACGAAGUCAAAUGAAAACGAUCCCCCAGUCCACAGAGAGAUUGUGUCUUGGAUUAAACUUGUUUUGUGUCUCCCUGUUGCCUCUUUUAGGAUCUGUGGGGGGUGAAAAAUGACAACUGCUUUCCCCACACACCAACAGAAACACACAAACACACGUGGAAAGAAUGGCCUCUUUCCUGUUUGUUGGGUAUUCUGUUGAUAAUCAGCCGUGACUUUCUUUUGGGGCGUUGAUCGUUGGCUAAUAGGAAUCUAAUGGAUUUUUGGAUGUUAAUUGCCAUGAAAACGCAAUAAGGGUAGCUCUGUAUUUAUGUGUUACCUCCAGGCGAUGCCAGAUAUGCAUGCUGCCUAAAUCUUAAUAGCCCUUAAUAGGUUUUUGGUGAGAGAUUUGUCAGAGCAGAUGAAUGAACCAUUGUUUUCCCGUAAACCCCCUUUGUGACUGUAGCGUUGCCUAUCGCAGAAAUAUAAUUUGGAAUAUUGAUGGCUCGGGAGUGAAAUGCAAUGGUUGGCCUGUGGGGUGUAAUUAAAGUUGUUUGAGUAAAUCACGCAGAGUUUAGAUCGGAUAUGGAAUGAGCUGUCGACUGAAUCAAAUAGAAAACAAUAAACAGCAGUUUGUUUCUUUGCCUGGUUGUCAUAAUAAACACCCCGUUGUAGAUUUUUUUCCCUGGCAGCACAAGUACACAGAUUGAAAAGCCAAAUAACAUCUGUCUUGUGUAGACGAAAUUAACACGUCAGCAGCCUGCUUUUAAGGUUUUCAACGAUGUUUUAAUUAGGCCUGCUAAUUAAGACAAAAUAGUUGUGCUUCUGUAGAGACUCAUGCCAAAAUUUUUAAGAUAUCUUUAUCGCUCAACUCUUUUUUAAUCACUUUGUAGAUCAUGAAUCCCCACUCUUAGUCUCCUACUUGAGUUAGUUGCUGAUUACCUCGGAUUAGACGCUCGGCUUGAGGGAACAGACCCCCCUCUUGCUCCUUUUGAUGUUCAGUGCAUGUGCUGCACUGCGUCAGCAAAUUUGCGAGUUGGCAAGGUCCUAUAAUAGUUAUUGAAAGACUGAUUAAAGGCAGAACAACACACCUCUGCAACUUAGGGGGCAUAACAGGAAUAUGCAUGGAUACUCAAAAACACAAAUAAAUGUGUGCGAAAAGAAAACACAUGGACACUCCUGAGGGUCUUUUUUGUGUUUGGAGACCCUCAGUACAUGUGCUUUUACUGGAGUGAUUUUUAUCACGUUUCUGUGAGUCUAGAGUAUCAGAGGCUCUUAAGGAAAAAAAAAAGGGAAAGUCGUCAUUUAAAAAUCUGUAGAGCAGCUGUGAAAAAGCUGCAGUUAGGCCCCUUUCCUUUGCCCUUGAACAAAGCAAUUACCUCCGAACGGUUAAAACCUGCCAUUGCUCUUGGCAGCUGCCAUCUGUUUAAGUGUUAAGCAAACCUGAAAAAGAGUUACUGUACCCUGUUAUCUGGAAAUAUACAAGACGUGGAAGAAAUAAUGACUGAGCUAUUCUGCCUGCCUGUCUGUGUUUCCAGGUGUCAUGUCUUCAGGACUUCUUUGGGGAUGAAGACAUUUUUGUGGCAUGUGGACCCGAGAAGUACCGCUACCAGGAUGACUUGAUGCUGGAUGAGAGCGGUGAGGCCAAUAACUCUUCCUCUGACAUUUCCCUGCUGAUUAGAAAUUAUAAUUUUAUGGCUUGUGGUCAUUUUAAAUGGGUGCUGAUCAAAUUGAGAAUAAUUAGUUGCAAAUUACUCGUUGUUUGUUACCAUUUUUUUAAUGCCUUGACAGAAAAGUCUGCAUUUUCCAGCAAGAGCAGAAACAUGGAAAAUGACAGGAUGUCCUCCAGAGACUGAUUGAAUGUUUCCUACUUUUUGUCAUUGACGGAAUCCAAUUUCAGAUCCAAUUUCACUGUUUGAUUGUUAAACUUUUUCCCACUCUGUGUUUACUAGUUGUAAAUCUUAGUCCCCCAGAACUCCACUCCGGGAAGGUUCCAUUGACUGUCUUAUAUUCAGCUAAACUGUUUACUCCUAUUGAUCUGUAUUACUACCUGAACAAUAUCACAUGCCCUCCUUCUCUGCUUGUAUAAAAGUGAAGCAAAGUACUCUUGGGACACCUUGUACUGGUGAUGUUAUGCGUGUCAGAGUCUUUGCAUGAAGGGAAGGAUGGUGUUCAAAACACACAUACAGCUCAUUGUUAAAACAGCAGAGAUCCUUCAGAUCCACACAGUCUAGAGCUGAACAGAUUUGAAGUGAGCGUGUACCUCUAUGGAAAUUCUAAUACCUAUGGUAGUGUUACACCUUCACUUGAAGUUCUUCCUCUGUGCUGUAACAGCAUAUCUAUCACUCAUGAUGUUUAUGAGGUGAUUUCAAGUUUAACUCAUGUCCCAUCUGUAAACAUGGAGGAGGCGGGGCUUAUGCUGUAGUUGCUAGCAUCUUUUUUUGGUCUAUUUUCUUAGUUCCGAUUUUCCUCCACAAUAAGAAAUUACUUAGUCAUUUCAGACACAAUAAAAAAAGAGAUGAUUUAUGUAAGGCAUAGCGAAUGCUCGCAUAAAGAGGAAAGUGCGUCUAGUUGGGUUGAAAUACUACAUUUGUUUCUCUGUGUUCUGUUUUGUUUUUGUGCCUUCCCCCCCAUUACAUCAUGUCUUUUCACUAACACAGCACUGCCUGUCUCCUGCCUGCAUGACACAUCACUGUGGUUCAGGUGGCAGAGGACUGUGUGGGCUGUUCGGUUCAUAACGCUCCAUUGUCUCCUGCCACUCCUCUUCUCCUCUUGGAUUAAAAAUCGUCUGCUUAAGCUAUCCUCUAACCUCCUGUACCAUCGUUCCUCUCUCUCUCUCUCUCCCUCUCUCUUUCUCUUUCUCUCUAUCUUCCCUGCUUGUUCCUCCACUGCGGUCUGCCGAGGAUUCACCGUGUCCUCAUGUCACCCCUCUGUGUUUCACUCCCUCUUCUGCCAUUUAGCUCUCAUUUGUAUUAUCAUGCUCUCCUCUCUCUUCCUCUCUCCUGCAAGAACAUGAAUGAGCAGCUUUUUGCUCAAAGAUUUAUUCAAUAUACCCCCCUACCCCCAUCCCAUUAUCUAUUCAAUAAUAUCCAUUCCACCUGGGUUACCAAAGCCCUUUCUCCCUCCUUGUCUUCCUGCCUCCUUCUCUUCCCCCCUCCACACUCACUUUCAUUUUCAAAAUUUAAUGGAUGGCCUUCAUUAGACUCUUUCUCUUUGUUAAUCUCAAAAACAACCUCCUUCAUCCUGUAAGGUACAUAAAGGCUUCAUUUACAGAGUAUCUGCUAUUUCAUUACUUACUGACAAUAAUUGUCUCAUUUCGUUAUCGGCCGUAAUAGCAAGAAAGACAAGAAACAAAGCAUGUGAUAUUUUAUGUAAGCUCAUCUUAUACUGUUCCUGGCAGUGUGGUCCAAUUGGUAUUACAUAAGUUUUAUUAUCAGUCUAGCUCAGAUGUUUGUCGGGGUUUGAUUUGGGCUGAAAUCUUGAUGAAAAACAGAGAUGUCUGGAGUUGUGAGGCAACGCGGCACAUCCAAAGACAUCAGAUAUGACCCCGCUCAACUUAUUUCAGCACAGAGGAUAUUAAAGAUUAUAACAAUGCACCAUUGAGAACCUCUGUUUUCAUUAAAGGCCAUACACCUUUGGAGAAAUGAGCUUGUAAAACUUCAAAACUUGUACAUUAGAGUAAGAUUUCUCAUCUAGUCAUUUCCUGUCAGUUGUUGUCUGGUGACAAUUUUUGGGAAAACUGGCAAACUUGUAUAGCCAAAGUUAUCAGUCAACAACCUACAGCCAAAACUUCCUUUUCUUUGUGCUGCAUUACUGUCACAAUUUAGAGGAGAGUUCAUUACACCCUGUAGUGCCUGAUCUUUUGUUUCUGGUGAGUCCGAGUUUUAAAUGGUUAGAUAUUGGCUCCACUUUGAUUCACUGAAGGAGUAUGAAAGCGGUGCGGUUUACUUAUGAUUUACUUGCAGUUACUGAGUCGCAGUUUUGUCGUCAAGAGAGAAGAAAACAACCUUUAAAAAUACUUGACUUGAAGAAGAGGUUUUCUAGUUAAUUCCAAGAAUUUGGGUCGCAGCAGACUAAAUCAGGGUUCCUACACAAGUAUGGAAAAGUGUGGAAAUAAAUCUGAUUAAUUUCCAGGUCUUAAAAAGUAUGGAAAAUGAAAAAUAAAGUAUGGAAAAAUAUUUAGGUUUCCAGAUUAUUACCACAGUUAUAAAAUACUGUUUUCGAAAAUAGAAAAAUCGUUAUUUCCAAAAAUAUUUCUAAUAAGUAGAGGGAAUGGAAAUUCCAUCUACGUAGGAACCCUGAGACUUGCAUGUAGGUAUGUGUUUAUAGAGAUGAAUGAAAUGUCGUCAUAUUUCUGCCAGUAGGAAGCAGGAUGUCGUUGUAAUAUAUUGUCUUCUGCCUCUUCUUGUUCUCUCUUUGGACUGAUUUUCCUACAUACAUAGAAAGCCUACUGAUCUAUGAUUAGUCAGUCCCUCUCAGACUACAGGAAAUUACAAUCUGGAGGUGGCUGGUUCAGCAAACACAUUUUGGUUAUUGCAUUAAAUUGCAGCUCUGGCCUGUUUCCACAUGUAUCUUCUUUAAUUUUGAUUUUGUUUUCGUUUAAGAGAUUGUAUAAUACCUUAACAUCAACAAUAACCAAGUAAUACUCCAUUAGUGUGCAGUUUAACAAAGCUUAGGUCAUGCAGUGUCUAUUCAUACUGUAUAGUAAGUUCUCACGAUGUGGAUUUAUGUGUAAGGUGUUUAUUUGUCUUAGACGUUAAGCUUUAAUUACUUAUUUGAUUUCAAAAAGAUGACUGAUUGAAACUGUUGACGAAUACAGGCUCCUGCAGCGUUCCUUAUUGGAUUACCAGAGAACAGGGGGAGAGAAAACGUGACAAACACGAACACAACAAGAGUCAUCAAAACCUCCAAAGCCAAAAGCAUCUGCUUCAGAUCAACACAAGAUUCUGUCCUGCUGUGGACUGUAAAGACGAGAUGGAUCUGAAAGAUUAUAACGGGAAGUUUAGUGCAUGUUUUGGUCAGUAGAAAGUGAGUGACGUCAGUACUGCAACUUGAUAAACCAGAAUCAGAAUCAGAAUCUCUUUAUUGUCCCGUAAACGGAAAUUAGUUUUGCAGCAGGGCUCACAAAAGACAAGUACGCAAUGACAGCAUAAAUUUAAAAAACAUAGAACAAUUAAAAACAUAACAACACAAUAUCAGAAACACAUACACAAAACCACCUAAAAUUCAGUCUAGAGCUCAGACCAAAAACGGAGAAAAACUACUACCAAGUAAUUAAAAGUGCAAUGUGUGCAAAUGAGCAAUAAUAGUGCAAGACAACAUGAGCAGCCUGAGGGUCAACUGCUGUUCAAUAAAUAAAUUGCACUGGGGAUAAAAGAGACCUCCUUAUAAGGGCCCUAAAACAACGGCCUGAAGGUAAAAGCUCAAACUCACAUCUAAGUGGAUGAUUGGGACAACCCAGAAUGGCAUUAGCCUUCCUUAAGACCUGUCUGUUGUAGAGAGACAAAACCCCAGCCGGCUGAUUACCAAGACGAUUCUAAACCAGGUCCUUUAGGUUGGAGCAGUAUGUCAGGCUACACAUUUCACAACUGAAAGAUGAAAAGUCCAAAUGUAAAAUCUAAAAAAGAGAUUUAUUUUAAAAACUGCUAUCAAUUGACAAAAAAAAUAAAAAAAAAACAUUGGGAAGAGAUUUAUUUAAUUCAUGUUUUUCACUACCUUCUCUCUCAUUCUUGGAAAAUCACUUCAUGUUUCCAUCAAAGAUGCACGACCAAAUUAAAUUUAAAUAACCUUGAAUCAUGUAAUUCUCCUGCUUUCUGGGAACUUCCAUUGUUCCCUGAAGAUGCGUGCACAUUUUUUCCCCCCUACAUUUACUCAAUCAAAACACAGUGGGAACAGUUUGGCACCUCUUAAUGCUGUGAUAGACAGAGUGCAGAAGUCAAAGGGCAAAAGGCAGCGACAGACGGACGGGAGAGCGGAGCGACAAACCAAACAGGCAGACAGUUCAGCAGAGAGACAGCCUGAGCUGCAGACAGCUUAGCCUCCUGUCAGCAUCACUAUAAUUAACGCCUCUGCCUCUCCCUGACAUACUGUCAUCAUGUUAACACUCUACACUGUACAUUAAUCACAGGGCCACAACGACUGCCACACAAGCAAAGAACACACACACUCACUCACACAUGUAGGCAAAGGCGCCCACACAAGGGACACUGGGUAUAAUUUCCUCUCCCCGCUGGUCCACAGUAGCAAUGAGCCAUAAUGGGGUGGGGUUAAUGAACAGAAGAGGAGCAAAGUUUUGGGGAAGAACGAGACACGGACUGCGUGUGUGAGUGUGUGUGUGAGAGAGAGAGAGAGAGAGAGCGGGCACUAUCACAUAGCUCAUUUACCAGAACAGUGUGUGAAAGACCAAGCCUCCAUGAGUCAUAGCUGUCACUCCUGAAACACUACAAUAAUUGCGUUUGGAAAGCGAGCUCGCUGAAGGUCAGAACUCUUUUUUUUUUUUUGUGCCGGGGACCUGAAUGUAAAAGCAAUUACAGCUGUGUUCUUACAAAAGUGUAGUGGUGGUUUCCUGCAAAAACUAAAGGUCAAAUCCAGUCAAAUCAUUGGAAGGACGUUUGCAAGACAUGCAUGAAAAGCUGAAUAUCAUUUUGUUAAUUUUUUUAAGGUAUGCGAGUCAAUAGAUAGAUCUCAGAAAAAAAAAGCCAACAUAAUGGGGUAAGAAAUGCUUCUCCCUUGAAAUAUUUGGACAAAAGCCACAAAGCUGUAGAGAUUUAACUGUCAGGAAAAGAUAAAUGUGAAGACUUGUUGUUGAUAGUUCUUCUACGUUGUCUUUGUGUUUGCAGAGUGCCGUGUGGUGCGGCCAGUAAAUUACGGAAAGAUGUCUGGCUCUCUUAGCCGAAGCUCCCCUAGGACUGUCAUCCAAUCACGGCGCAGCAAGUCCCCUGCAUCUGGUAAGUCCGAAAAAAUGAGUUUAUUUAUUGGUUAUUUAUUUUAAAGCAGUUUGAUGUGUUGUCCGUGCCCUUAAAGAUAACUGAGUGUUUCUUCUUUCUGCAAGUGUCUCAGACAAAGUUGGGAGGUUGUUUGUAUCCUGAUGCUUCCUGUGAUUGCCUCGUAUUUUCUCGUUCAUUACUUAAUCAGCGUCGCAGCAAAUGAAAACAGUAUGAAUACACACUGCAUGAAAUCAGAGCUCUGCAGAGUGUCUCACAGUGUUUACUCUGUGUGUGUGAGAGUGUGUGUGUGUGUGUGUGAGUGUGUCUGCACGCAGAAUAUGAAUUCAAAUGAGGAUGAUUUCAUAAGGGAGUUGAUGAAAAGGCAAACAGAGACGAGAGACGUAAAAAAAAAAAAAAGGGAGAGAGAGAGGCAGUGGAGAUGAGAGGGAAAGAAGAAGAUGGUUGGUGACUCAAUCCUGCAGCUCCCCACAAGCCGUUCUUCACCUGACAUACUAAUGAAACGUAAUGGAACGAGCAGAGCUUGCACUGCUACCUGCUGCAUUGUUUGUGUCUGAUAAUGAUGCUUUUAUGACUGGCAAAAAAAAAAAUGUUGUGAGGCAACAGAAAAGCACGAAACGUUCGCCAAUAAACCAACAGACUAGCACUGCCAUCUAUGCAUCAGCUUUGUGAGUGUGUGGCAGACACACUCGGUCAGACUCACAGCUGCUGAAGAUUUGCUGUUUGAUUUACAGCUUUAACAAAUAUCAGGCCGUUAUUUGUCUGAUUGCACAGAUGGGGUUUUGGGCUGUGUGUAAAACAACUGUAUUAAUGCAAGAGAACACUUGAUUUCAGCACAUAGACAUCUAAUCAGUAGGAGAAUGGGCUGAUACAUGAUGCAAUAUAUAGAAACACCCCCGGAAGAAGUAAUUGAACCUGCUGCAGAAGCAUGAAAGCAUGCACAGAUCUCUUUUUAAGCUCAAGAGUCAUGUAGCACACUGGAAUAAAAAAACAACAGAUGUUGAAGUAAUGUAGCUAUGGAGAGAAGGGUGAGGCAAAGGGGAGGGAAAAACAGGAUGGAUGAACAAAUGAAGUUCUUUCUAGAUGCUGGUGGCGAGCAAACUUUUGGGAUAAAGGUUAUGAGAGUGAGUCAUACACUAUCUGAUGUCUGUCUGGUAUAAAGGUGUAUACUAGUGUGCAUGAGCGAGCGAGAGAGAGAGAGAGAGAGAGCAAGAGUCUGAGACAGAUAGGGGAGAAUAAGACUGACUCGUCUUGGUUGCCAUGGCGACAUGGCACAGUCGGAGCAUGUAGCUACAGACACAAUAGCCUGUGACGGCCAUAUAAGGCAGUGACUUCCUGUUUUAUGGCCCGCAGUGGAGCUGACUGACGCUCAGCCCCUUGCUAGAACCCUGAGUCAGACAGUCCUGAGGUAUUCUCACUUCUGAGAAAUGUUUUCCCCUCCGGUGCUGCUUCCGCUUCUUACCAUCAUCAAAUGUUCCCAGAAUGUUGUUGUUUACUGCGCUGUUUAUUCCCUCAAACAUCAUCAGUUUUGGACCAGAGGGGUGGUUUAGAGCUCAGCCACAUGCCAGGGGAGAUGAGAAAUAAUUCAUCGAUCUGUUGUUUGAACCUGACCGACACCCUUUUUGUACACCAACGUCCACAGUCAAUAUUUGCUCGGAGCAGGUUUUAUUUUGCAACAUCAGUCAACAACAGCUGAUGCUGUGCUGCGCCACAUGAUACCUGUUCUGUUGUUUCACAUGUUCACACUCAAAUCUCUGUACUGAAAGUAGAAUCAAACAAAGAUUCAAUUCACUUCAACAUAAGAUCGGUUUAUAUAUUCACCGUGACGUAGUCCACCGCUAAAUAAUUUAAACUUUGAUUAAUAAAAUAACAAUCGCCCUUGGCUUCUGUUGCUGAGAUGAAUAUUUUUUAAAAAACUGUCAAAUCCAGGUAUUUUCAAAACAACUAGCUGAUUAAUCUGCCGUGUGACUUAAAGAAAAAGAUAAAUCAUUUUGUUAUUUUAUCCAUUAUUUUUAAUCAUUCUUUAAUUUGCUCUGGAGCAAAGUACAUCUGAAAGUAAGAACAACAUAAGCACAGAUUUAGACAGGAGCAAACAGUUUGAGUAAAUGACACAAAACCAGUUGAUUGGAUACAGGUACUAAAGAGAUGUACUUUUUAACUUAAUUAUUAACAAUAUUAGCUAUGUCAUCGCCACAAUGAUUAUCUAAAUCAACAUCAGCAACACCCUCACCCCCCUUCACUAGCAUCAGCUUUAUUGAUGCCUCCUGGGAUCGUUGAAGUGCUAUCUCAUCUUUACAUGCUGAGAGAGUCACUUAAGAUCUGGAUCUUUAGCUUCUUCUCAAAGAUUAAAAGAGGCUCUGCAGAGCGAGUUGGCCAACUCAUUCCACCCCUGGGGAACUACAAAGGAAAAGUGUUUAGCUGGCAACUCGGGACCCUGUUGUGAUGGAAGCACCAAACACCUUCCGAUGGCAGAGCGUAGAUAAGGUAAUUGAAGUAGGCAGGUGCAGGAGCGCUUGUACAUGAAAGGAGCAAAAAGUGUAGUUUUAUCUUGUUGAAAACACUGUACUUUCCUCUGUUUUAUAUCAUGGUGAAUUGAAUAUGUUGUGGGUUAUUCAGACAAAACAACAUGCACUCUGUUUUUUUAAACUGAUAGACAAGAAUUUGUUGUUCCAAAAAACAAAUUGGAUUCCAUCCUCCAUCAACACGAAUUAAAUGGGAACAGAGUUUAUAACCAAGUGUUGCAUGGUUCACUCAUCAAGUCUUUUCAUGUAAGGUCUUAAAUUACCCUUUUAAAAAUUUGGAUUAUCUGUAAUCUGAAUGAUCCAUUAACCCUCUGUGUUAUAGAUUAUUGAUGAAAAACUGAGAGAGAGAUUGGCAUGUUUAUUGAUCACUCUCCAAUCUCUAAACAAAUUCUGCUCUCUGCUCUCAAAUGCAGCUUUUAAAUCAGGCUGCUGAAACAAUACAGUGUGAUUUAUAUCACUAUGUUUUAAUGUGGCACUCUGAGCCCAUCAACUCUGCAAAAAAAACACUUAUAAACCAAUGUAAAUUAAUUAUUUGCAAUGCUAUGACUGCAUCUGUACCUGCAGCGUCAAAAAAAAAACCUUUAACCUCAGAUGUUAGCGAUAAAAUGAAGAGCAUUAACACCAGAUCUCUUGUCCUUGAAUAUUUUAGAGAUGAUUAAUUUUUUUCUAUUCACUCUUGGAGAGCGUACAGUAAAGAGGUCCAUUUGUCUGAAACCUCGCUCCAGGUUUAUUGAGGGUAGCCUCGAAGUCUCAUGUUCAUUUUCCUUUCAGUCAGCACACCAUUGAUAAAAUUCUUCAUCACAGUAAAUAAUCUGGAUGGAAGACGCCACACAAACAGGAUUUGAAGUGGGAGUUAAGACGAGAUAGUGAAAGAUACAGGGAAAGCGAGAGAACGCACAAUACAUGUGCUGUUACACACCACCUGGUGCCUGGCUGUGUGCAGCUUAGACUACCAAUAAGAAGGAGUUUGUGAGUGUGUGAGGGACAUGCAAACACACCAGUGAAACAGAGAAACAAUAAAGUACAAACAAAUCAAAGAUCUUACAGUGUGAAGUAAAAGCACAAUGAUUACAUAUUGAGUGCCUGUGAAAAAAGUGUUUCAGUUUUUUGAGAGUCAUUAAAGGAGCUGAAAUUACAGUGGAUUUAGUGUGGACUCUUGUACGCUGACAAUCGAAAUAAUCGAAUCCUAAUCCCAACAAGGGUACCAAAACAGCUAAAGCCUACCUUGAGUAAAACCCGGGUAACCUUUGGCAUAUUCUUUAAGGAAGUGGAUUAGAGAAAUAUGGUGGAGCUGUGAGGUCUUUUAUAUAUGUGCUUUAGAUGUCUGAAGUUACCAUUAGCAUUAGUAUCAUUAACUAACUGCAAUUUAAAUUACAUGAAUAUGCUCAGUGUACAACCAACGAUUUUUUCAAACAGUCACAAGAUUUUGGUUUGGCAGAUUCAAAAUGAGGUACAUCACGCACUUUAGAUGACAAUGAGUGACUUUAUCUGAGUCAAACUGUGCUGUUUAACAAUAUUAUCCAACAAAUCAUAUACAGUAUGUAAUUUUAGAGAAACAUUAUCUAUAUUUUCAGUUGUGUACAGUAUAAUGUGUACUUAAAUUUAAUUUAAUACUUAAAUUAUAACCUCAAAACCUUAAAUAAAGCAGCAUAUUAUAUGAUUAUUGUCCAAGAAACAAAGAUAUCAGUUUCAAUGUACCUCUGUUUACUGUAUCACUCAAGGAUAAAUGUGCCUUGACUGCACGUGUUAAUCUUCCAUGUGCUUGUAAGAUAAAGGCCAACAAAUGGUUUGCAAAGUAUGCAAACCUUCAGGAAUGGUCAGGUAAUGAACUUUGAAACCUUACAGUUUUUGAGUCAUCUUUAAUAUUGCUUUUCAGACUGAAUGACUAGAUAAGCAGGUCUCGUCUGGAACAUGAGGCCUCAGAGAAAUAUGCUGAAUUAAUUUAAAAGCACGGUCAUAACAACCAUCUUAUCAGCCUGCUCAUCACACUGAAGGUCUCAGUCUAAUGAAGUCCAUGAAUCAUAGGUCAUUAUUACGUAACCUGAAACUGGAUAGACCGUACAGGACUACAGCAAAGAGUUACGUUUGAUGCACAGUUGCGCCUCAGUGAAAGAUUUCCUAUCUUUUUGUUCACUUAUUUUGCAAAUGUUAGUGUGUGGGGGGGAGCAGCAGAUUGUUGUGUGUCAGCCUGACAUUGUCAUAACUCAAGAUCCAAUAUGCAAUGAUCUCACAACUCCAGCUGAGUACCUUUACACACACAUACACACCCAAAAGAAAGUGAGAAAACAAUUUGCACUCAUACAUAGUUUCUCUGCCUGUCUGGCCAUCUGCGCCCCUGCUCUCCUCCGAUGCCUCGUGUCAGCUAAAAUUAACAGAGCUGCAGAUGGUGAGAGCAAGAAUCGCUAAUGACACGUCAGGGCGUCACCUUUCUCUUUCUGUCAUCAUCAACGACGUGUGAAGGCUAGAGACUUUUAAAUCCAGUAUGUCUGCAGAGGAUGAGCUGCUGGCUGUGACACUCUGUCUCUAGCCUUCAACACUCUUUCUGCUCCAUGAAGGGUACAAAUGUGCUUUCAGAAAAAAAAAAAAAAGUGGAUAAGCACAGGGGAGUGGAGGGAGUAAGCACACCGAAUAGCAGACGCUAGCAGAAACAAAUGGAUUGUCGAGGCAGUAUUCUUAUUUACACGGAGAGCUUUUAUAAAACUCAUUGCCUUCGACAUUCACCGAUGCGUGUAGAGUACCGUGAGGCAUCCUCAUAGAUGGAAAGGGUUGCAUUCCCCUGAUGGUUGUCAGUAAUUCACACAAUACUGAAGAGCACCGCAACAGAUACAUCUAUUGACCCACAUUCCUUGUGAUAGUGUUAGCUUUUAUUUUCGUUCACAGCUUAAGUGUUGAAAGUGUUGUUCUCCCACGUCAAAGAAUAGUCUUGGCACUCUUUAUUCAUUGUUUUAUUAUUCCAGUGUUGAAUGCCCUAGAUUGUAUCAAAUGUUUGUCUGUUUUUGGUCCACCACUUCAAUAAACACUAAAAUACCCUAAGAGCUAUAGUAUUGAUUGUAGUUGUUCAUCAUCCUCAUGUGCCAGCAUUCAUGUUUUUAGUACUUUGAUUUGUCACUCAAAGUCCCACUUCGAUUGUUUUUUCUUUUUUACUACUUAAAGUGUUCUCAGAGGUCUUUAAAUUGUGAUUCUGAAGAUUUUACCAAAAAUCACGUUACUUGUGUCAUUUUCAAGGGCUUUUCUUCUGCAGAGCUCCAGUAGAUCAUUAGCAAUUCACCUCCGAGUCGUGGACGGAGACAGCGCUGCUCUGCACACUUUUCUUCGCGCUAGCUUACAGCCUAACAUUGCCGCUGUAGUAGAAAUGGCAGGUAACAUAGCAGCUAUUCAGCUCUCGGACACUAAUGUCUUUAGGAACAUGAUGAAAGCUAACUUCAUGAUUAGCUUUCUUAUGAGCAUUGCAAUCUGCUAGCGCACAUGCUUGUUCUGUGAUCGUCCUCUGAAUUUCUCCUCUAUAUGCAGAGUGUGGUCUGCAUGGCGGGGCUCCAGGGGCAGAGCUUGGAUUGGUUACGUAUGAAAUCUCGCUGUGUUUGAAACUGCCAUUUGGGUCUGCCAGAGAUUCACAGCGAUUUGAAUGAAGAAAUACUCAGAAAAGGAAUUCCGCAUUUAGUUUGCUCAUGAUAUGUCCUGUAGCAUCAGAAAAAUGCCAUAUGAUCAUGUAAAAAACAAGGAAAACAUAAUUUUCAUCAGAGUGGGUCUUUAAUAGCUGUUAAACUAAAAGCACUACUGUCAGCUUAAGAUGCUUAUUAGCACAUCUUUGCCAACAAAACAUGACUUUACACUGAAGCAUUGAGCAUGAUUUCAUGACCAGUAGGUGUUGCUUUAACCACAUUUAAAAGCUAACUAGGGGAAAAAACAUUAUUGCUCCUAGAAGUCUGAUUUUGGCGCAUAUCUACUAGAUAUAUUUAACAAUUACUGUGAGGUUGUGAUUCUGUUUUAUUUUAUAUAAUAUCUGAAUUUGCAGCUGAUGUAUCGUCCAUCACAGCAAGAAACAGGCAAAUGAGGGAGCUGCUUUUACAUGUUCACCAUGUCUUUGCUGCUCUGUUUAGAUCAGUAUGUUGUGUCUAAUUUUGCUUCUCUCAGGUAUGUGUGCUUUAGACUGUUUUGAUUAAUCUUUCCUAAAGUAUGACCCACAGGAACUUCUUAGGACUGGGAACCUUCAGCCAAGUUCAGAGUCUUUAAUGUAAGAAGCCUCAGCAUUAAAGGAGUGAGAUGGACACUGAAAAUCAUUUUAGUCUGCCAUAAUUUGUAUCAGGUGGAUUUCUAUUAUACGUCUCGAGCCUGAGAAGGACAAACAGUUCUUUAACCGUUACUGUCUUCUCAACUUUCUCUUAAGCUCCUGUGGUGCACGAUAACAUUACCUCUAUUUGUCAUGUUUUUACCAUCCGAAAAGAUUACCCUGCUGCUCUUGUCUUUUUCAUCUUUGAACUAGUGCAUAUCCCGCAGCCACUCACUAAAUACAGAAACACUUAUGUAACGCUUUUGUCAGUUUUGUGCUACAUAAAGUUGCAAAAUGGCAGCCUCUGUGGAAGGGGCCUUUCUCUAAGUAUUAGUAUCUAAGUUUAAGCAAAAUGCUUUUCCCAUUUAGGUGAUAAUAUGCUAAUCUGAACACAUUAUUCUUGUAUUACAUUAAUUUGUUUCCACCCUAUAGGAUAAUGAAAGGUCACACACAUCAGUGUUACACAGUUUUCACUAUCUGAUUAAAAUUAUAAAGGUGCAAUGACUUUGGUUGGGCAGUUGUGCAACCACAAUGAUAUAAGGACUUUUAAAAGAUCUUAGUGAAAUUUUACUGCAUGGACCAUGGUCUAAAUUUAGUAGGAAAGAGUUGUUUAAUUCAACAAAAGUCAAUGCUGUGGGGCAGUGCUCUCAGAGUGCUUUGAGUGGUGCUUGUAGAAAUGAACAUCCCUGGUUAGUCAGCUAGGAAUCUGUAGUUGGAAAUUUGCAGGUUUGUUUUUUUUAUUGUGCAUGGUUGAAUCCAAAAUAUCCUUAGUCACUUUGUAAGGCAUAAUAUUUGUGAGCAAUGAUGACUUAUAAUGUCAGCCGUUGGUUUGUCAUGGUCCUGCUGACUUAUUUGCCCUAUCCUCAUUGUUAGUUAUGGUGGCCGAGAACCGCCACUACUGCAAAUUAAAAAAAAAAAAAAAAAAAAAAAAGAAGUCACAACGGAAGUAACUGAUGAAAAAAAAGAAACCCAGGCCAGCUGCAAAUAAAAAAAAGAAAUGGUGCAGAUUUUUUUUAAAAAGGCCACAGUGGAAGUUAACGAUGCAAAAAAAAUUGGUGAUAGAAAAAAAAAGUUACUAACUGCGAAAAUGAAAGGAUGCAAGUAAAAAAAGCCACAACAGGAGUGAACUGCCGUGGACUAAUAAUAAAAAAUAGCGAGGGGUCUGCGUACUUAUUUCUAUGAGUAAAGCAACCGAACUGCACAACUACUGCACUUGAUUCUCCUCUCGUGGGUGGUCUUUUGGGGCGUAGUGGGUUUCCUGUGUUCGCCAAAACUAACACUACACCGGCAUCUUCCAGUUCCUGACAUGGCCUAACAAAAUGACACAUUGAAAAGCGCAUGAAGCGAAAUUAAACAAUAACUACUUACUUCUUUGCUUGUCCUCUCGCCGUCGUCUUCUGUGGUUAGAUCGUAAAACACUGAUGCAUCAUCACGAUUGGUCCCCUGGCAGCUCACUUCUGUUGUGGCUUUUUUAUUUGCAUCCUUUUAUUUUGGCAGUAAGUUACUUUUAUUCUUUUUUUUUUUUUUUUUUUUUUUUGCAUUGCCACUUUUUUGCAUAGUUAGCUUCUGUUGUGGCUUUUUUUUAUCAGCACCAUUUCUUUUUUUAUUUGCAGAGGGCUUUGAUUUUUAUUUUAUUUUUUGCAUCAGUAACUUCUGUUGUGACUUCUUUUUUUUUUUUGCAUUCUUUUUUAUUUGCUGCUGUGGCAGUUCUCGACCACCACAGUUAGUAAAUCUGAAUGGAAACAAAAGGGGCCUUAAAAACAGGCAGAAGGAGACUUUUGGGUUCCUUUUUAGAUGUAGUUCCUGGUGUAAAAAACAGUGAUUUUGGUGGAAACAGGAAUAUUAUUGAACAUACUGUAUCACUGCAACCACUGAAGUGAAGGAAUAAGAAAAGAAAAGCGAGCAUGCUUUUGCUUCAGCUGUAGCUGGAGCGGAAUAACAAAAACAGAGGCUUCAGGAUGAAAGCAUAAAAAUAUGAUGGGCUAGAAUAGAUGCUCUCUCUCUCUCUAUCUCACUCUCGCUCUCUUUCUCUUUCUCUCUCUCUCUCGCUCUCCCGGUGCACGUCAGAGCGUGCGCAAGCAGCGUCCCCGCCCCCCGUGUAGUACACCGCGGCUCCGGCUCUCCAUUCACCACAGUUUACUAUUACAGCCGGACUGGUCGCUUGCACAGGUGCUGCUGUUCUCCUCGUCUUUACGCCGCUGUGGAUUAUCACUGUGUUUUUCAUCAUGCUGGAAGAGGAAGGUAGGAAGACAGAGCCACCAUGAACUCGGGUGUUACAUUACCGGCGACUGUCAUUGUCGUGGACCGUGUAAACUUCAGCCUAUUUGUCGUCCACUCGGUCCAUAUUCAUAUCAUUUACCGGUCUGUGGGGUCUGUGCGGUUCUGAGGAGUGUCAUGUAUUGAUUUUAUAGCUUGGAGUCAAGAAAUAGGUGUUAGAUGCUGAUGCUUUCACUGUAAGGAGUGUCUGUUUUUGUUGCAUUGAUGCUGAAUUCAUCAAUGAACAUUUCCAGGAACCUGUCUAAACAAUAGCUCCUGUAUUUUGUGUAAAAUGCGUCGUGCCACGUCUAUAACUUGUGUAAUUCAGCGGUAGGAGCUGCUAUUUCCGUUCUCUGUUGGUUUUACAUCUCUUUGUCUUGAAUAAUUCAGAAAGUUGUUUGAUCUCAGCAGGGAAUAAACAUUAUACAAUGGAGGCUGGACCACUUUCUCCUCCAGAUUUCACUUCCUCUGCUGAAAUAAGAGUGAUACUGUCCAAAUAUGUGGUUAUGUAAGGUAGAAUGUUGUUUAUAGGCAGAAAAACUUAAAAAUAGACUCAGAAACAGGAUAAAUGUUAGAGAUUUGCACAUAAAAAUCUGGAAAAGGGCAUUUAUCUUCCCCUUAUCCUCCACACUGACAUCCCUACCUUCAUUUAGAGCCUGUCAUUGUUCAUGCAUUAGCUAUGUUUUAGUUGCCAUUUCCUCCAAUUACAUCAAAUUCAGAGACCUGUCAGUUACUGCAAGCCUGAGUUGACAUGAGGUGUCUUACAGCCCAGAGAUGAUAACCCUUGUUUCCGCUAAGAUGGCACAGAAGCCCGCGGUCGGUGCUGCAGGUUAAUGAUGCUGUUAGGCUUUUAACAAAUCUGGCUUUUUUGCUUGACAACACUCUGGACUGGUGCAGUGUUGAUUAAUCUAACGUUGUAGUCUAAUGAGGUGAUGCCGCUGGGUUUUUUUUUUUCCGCGCUGCAGCUGGAAAAGUAGACUGAGUUGAGGUCACAAGUGCACAGAGCAGAACAGAAGAUCUGGUUGAAAAUGAGGACAGCCUGGUGAUGUACGUUGACUCCCAGUCAAGCCCGGAACAUGCUGUAAUUAUUCCCUGCACAUUUGUCUGAAGGCUGGCUUGUUUCAUGCAUAUUUGGAGCAACAGGAUUCAUUAUUUGGCUGUAGUUAAAAAAAAAUUGCAGUGGGGACUUAAGUGCUCUUUUCCUCUCUCUCUCUAUUCCUCCCCCUCUUGUCCUCCUCCUCUGCCUCAUUCAUGUGAAUGGCUGGAUGCUGAGGGCGGAAGUGUGGGCCUGUUGCUAGACACUCAGAAAUACAAGAGUUCCAGAAAACAUGCAUCCGCAUUUAUAGGAUGAUCCGUUUCAAUAUUUUUAUCUUUUGUCUCGGCUCACCCGUCUCAUCCAACCCCGCUCCAUUUUCUCUGUCGUUUUCAGUGAACGGGACGCCGGCCAGCCAGCUCUCCACUCCUCACUCGGGAAAAUCUCCCAGCCCCUCCCCAACCAGCCCAGGCAGCCUCAGCAGACGCCGGGUAAGACCAGAGUACAUACACAAACGCGCACAUUCACACGCUGAAAACUGUCAGCCGUAACAUUUAGUGACACUAAAUCUAUCACACAUCCCUUCUAUGUUCUCAGGAAAAGGACAAAGCUGUCAUCGAGCAUAGGCCAACCACAUCUUAGAGCCGCUAGAAUAUGAAGAAACCACAACACCCCGACAUCUUAUACGUCUCAGAAAGGGGGUGGGGGAUUGACCUUUGACUUCACAGCUGUGCUGCUAUGGGAUAUUGUGAAAGGCAGGCUCGUGUUAGGGUCCUAUAUGAUGUUACGACUUGAAAUUCCUUGUUUUGACGCUGAUCUCUUCCUAUUCUCACAUGGAGAAAAAACUAAACCAUGAAUGAUGCUCUCACUGACUUUAAUGAUUUACUUUCAGUCAGGGAUUUCUGCAUCGUCCUAAUCUAAAGCUGAGACUGAGUCUGUUUCAUUCGGCAAAAGUUGCUUAGCAUCCUCUGUUAGUCACCGAGCAGUGCUUAGCAUUGCGUUUUAUCAUAAAUAAGACCUGAAAGACUGAUGUAGGGUUAUUUUUUUAUCAUGUCAUGUCAUUUUGUACAUGUCCUUUUAUGAAAAGACUUUAGAGCAAACAUUUUAUACUAGUAAAUCAGAUCAUUUCAGCAAUUGUGUCUUCUUAUUUUAAAAUCUGUUAUUGUCCUGGGGUUUCACGAGCAAGAGUCAUGAUUUUUUUGUUUCUGUUGCUAACGUUUAAAAAGAGAGGGUCUGAUGUGUAAACACUCCAUAUUCACUCUAAAACUGGUUUGUCAUAGAAAAUACUUAAGAGAGAGGAGCAUGCAACUCAAGGGAAACUGCACAAGCACGACGAAGUUCACACACAGGCUAGUUGUGCGCGUGUGAGUGUGCGUUCAAGAUCAAAGUAUUUGUUAAUCCACUUCUCGACAGUGAUGAUGGUGAGCUUUUAAUAUCUGCCUCAAUCCUAAUCAGAUGCUGUUUUCUCACAGCAGCUCUUUUUAAUUUGUGGGAGCCCUAAGCCUGCUGCUGAUUUAGUUCCUCCUUAAUCAAACAUACACGCUCGCUUCACCUCUAUUAAAGCUCUCUCUCACACACACACGUGCGCACGCUUCGCUGUACGUAUGGACCUGCCUCCAGACUGCACGUGUCUUGUGUCCGUACUGACUCAAAGUCGCUCCACUUUUCUACCCGGCCAAAUGAGCGCCGCCAUGAUUAAUUUUGUUUAUAUUUAGUUAGUUUCAGCGCAGGGUUCAAGUAUUUUCCAAAAGAGAGAGAUGUCGCAUUUGAUAGGACACAAAAUCGGAUCACAGCUCAUUAUUACACAUGAACGAGUGUGCACGGCUGCAUAUAUGAGCGACUUUAUACGUUAAAAUUAGAAUAGCAUAAAGAAUUCAUCUCUUGGGCUCAGUGGCUUCAAUCUCGUGCUAGAUUUGACGUGCCAGGGAGAAUAAAUGGAUGGUGGAGUCUAGCCCUUAGGCUUCUAAAUCCAUCAGCGGUGAAGUUUUCAUCGAUGUGGUAUGGAGGUCAGUGAGGGCAACAGGAACAGAUCGGAUUUGGGCUGUUGCUGCUGAGAAGAGAACAAGGUGCACUGGAGCUUUCACAGGCAUGUGUACGUAUAAUGGAAGUGGGUCAGAACAGAUUUCCGUGUUGAAAAAAGAAGGAGACUGGCAAGAGUACAGGCCUUUCUCAAGUCUCUUUCUCUUCCUGCUUGCUUGUGUCUGAACAAACACACACAGACUGGUAAUUGAAAAGAGAAAACAGUGCUUAGUUUCUGCUACUCUAAAUCAUUCACCCUUAAACGUCAGGGUUUGAUUAGGUGAAAGAAGAAGGCCAACAAUGUAAUGUGUUGUUUCGCCUGCAUCCCCUUUUCCCAUCAAACAUCAGCCUCCAUGUGUUCGCUUUGUCACGCAAUUCUAUCCUCAGCGACUCCACGGUUAUAUUCGAGUUUCUAAUUUCAGUGUGAAUUCCUCAACUACGGAUUAUUACAGUUUUUGUAGUCUCUGCCACUCCAUGCUAAGCCCGCAAUGGCUCGUCUGGAAAAGAGAGAGUGUGAGCGAGGAAGCCUUUACAGCCCAUUAUCUCCCCUCCUCACUCUGCAGCUUCACACGGUGGUGUAAUUCUCUCCUCCUCUUCUUCCUCUUACUAUCAGUCCUGUGAGCCAUUCUCCCUCCGUCCCUUUCUUCCCUGACAGUUUCUAAUUUCUCUCUCAGUCCGUCUCCCAACCAUUCGCCAGCUCCCUCAUCCCCCUCCUCUCCCCUAUAUGAAAGGGUAUUAACUUUGCAGGGAGUAAAUUAUAUUCCAUCAUUUCCCUUGUAGAUGAGUUCUAAGCUUCUCAGAGAAGUAGGCACCGUGUUUCUGACACUGUGUUUGCACAUUUUCUCUCCUUUUCAUGCGUCCUCUGUGGAAAUGCGCAUGAAUACUCAUAAAUAAGGCGGGCGCACACAAAUCCUUUGAUUGUUAUGCUAACAAUAGCAGGAAAGUACAUUUCUUACUCUGACGCAUUAAAUGAAUCCCUAAAUUUCACCAAUGUAUGACUCAGAAAUUCCCCGCAGACUGGAACUUUAAUAUCUGCCUUACCUUAUCAAGAGAACAUAUUUUAAGAAUAAAUAAAAUACUUCUACUUUCAGCUACUAAAGCCACAAUAAAUCAAUAUUCUUAGCAGCCGCUGAGCCUCUCUGACCUACUAUGCCAAGUGCUGCAUUUGAAUAGUUCACCUCACUGGACCCUGCAUUUAAACACUUAGAGGCACUUUGCUGCCUGAUGUAGGUUGCUUGUACCACUCAGACCAUCAGAACCUAUUUCCCCAGGCUGAAUAUACUCGUGUAGCCGUGCACUGUGGCUCUUUUCUUCCCUUUUUUUUACUCUUACAUGACUGCAUGCACACUUAGAUCUUCAUGGGAAGUGCACAUGCAUCGCUUAGAUGGUCAUGUAUGCGUCAGAAACAACAUUUUUAGACAUACUAUUUGUGCACAGCUAGCAUGACGCACACUCACACGUGUUUUUUUAUACAUUCAGUGCAUGCGAGUGUGACCCAUUUUUAUGAAUCAGCAACAGAGGCAUGAAAGAACGGUCUGCAUUCAUAGUAAUUUAUCACUCUUUUCGCCUCAGGGUCACUCACGCUCACUAAAGGCGACCUAAUUUCCCAUAUUUGUAUUGAUUCGAUAUUUUGAAUAAAUCCUACACACAUGCACAGAAGCAAAAACACCCCUAAUUUUGCUUUCAGUCAAUAUUCGAACCUCUCUUCUGUCCUUUGGCUCCAUUAGAUGUGACAUAAAAAAGCAGGGAGGGAGAGAAAUCAUUAAAAAAAUGACAACACAUGGAGAGUAAUGAGCGACAGAGAGACAAACAGAAGGUUUAUGUUGCCGAUACAACAGCUGCCAUCCGGUCAGGUAGCAGCGUGUGAGAGACAGAGUGUACUGAUUGUCAACCAGAGUGUGUCACCUUCAUCCUCCUCUCACCGUUGACUCAUCUCUGUCCAUAAUCCAUUGAAUUGCAUGCUCCAUCUCUCAUUAUUGUCGUCCAUAUUGUUUGUCGGGUGAUUCACAAUUAAAUAAUGUGUGUGUGUGCGUGUGCAUGUAAGACUGAAAUGAAUGUUUGUACCAUGAAAUGUUAAUUAUUGUCUCAUCUCAUCCACAUGAAUGUUGUUACUUAAGAUUGUAUUUGUUUUUUUUGGCUGUUUUAUUUCUUAUGUUCAUGUUGUGUUGAUGUCAUGACAUAGUUUAUCUGAUUUUUAUUCCCAAAAGACCGGCUGCAUCACAUGAGAAAACUGUGAAUCUAAAAACUGGAAAUGUCUUUUUUGCACAAGGUUACAGGGUACAGUUUUUUUUUGCACUGCGAUUUACGUAAGAGUAAGAUAUGCAAAAGUGAAAAUUAUGCGUCUUUGGUUAGAGGCACAUUGAAUUUCAUAACGCGGUCCAUCAUCCAAGUUUUAUAAUCCCAUCAUAUGAUGCUGCCAGCUCUUUUCGGCUCAUUUGUUUCUGUUUGUAUUUUCUUUGUUUAAUGUAUUAAUUUCCAUUUGUUGAUGUCAUCAUUAAACUCAUUGUCAUUUCAUUUUCAUUUUGUGCUCCUUUUUUUUUCCUCCCCCUCCUCCUCAUCCUCCUCAUCUGGGUCAUUUGUUCAUCACAACAAAAACAAACACUUCCUGUAGAUGCUAACGAUUGUCUACAUAAACACAUUUAUCACGUUUAUUCUGCUUUUGUUAAACUUUUGAGUGUUUUCAGCAGAACACAAAACUCAAGGGUGUUUUCAUCUCCGUCUCCUCACUAUUUUCACUUUCUUUGGUUGAUUCAAACUAAGUCCUCCUCCUUUUCUAAUUUCCAGAAGCGUUUAAUCAGGUUCUUCGGGAUUGCUGUCCUCAAGGGUCGUGAUUAGAAAAGUCCCCGAUGUCCAACUGGCAGAGCAGAAAGCCUCAACCCCCUCAGUGUUGAUCCUUUCGGAUGACAGUCAAGUAGAUUAUGUUUCCUGUCUGUCUAGACUCCAAAAUAAGAGCCAAGAAAUAUUAUCCCAAGUACCUUGUGUCCUUGAUGAGAAGCAGAGGAGGAACUUGGGACUGAACAAAGUACCCAGUUCCCAUCCAAUCUUAUUAGACGUCUCCACAGGAGCAAACACCAAUAAAUCCUCCAUUUGCUUGAUACCGUGUUACAGCCAAAGUGACAAGAAAAUGCUGCCGGAGUCGAGCUUUGGCUCAGCCUGCAGGACAGAGAAUAAGAAGGCUUUGGGAUGCGUCAUAAUAAAAAAAAAUCAAAGAGAAUCUGCAACAUUUUUAACCACGAAAAGACUUUCCAUUCAACCCCAGAAUAAAUUAUGUCAACCUCUUCGCAGAUGAUGCUCUGCUGUGAGGUAAAUCAUGAACAUCCUGUUUAGCUGACAUUUAUGCGCUGAUCAGUAUUCAGCCACUGAGUGUUGCCCUCACCGGUUAGAAGAGCAGUGUCUGCAGCUGUGAUGCAAAGCUCUGUCAGUGUGUUUUUAGUGCAGUGAGUCAUAGCGAGCAGAAACGUAGACCUAUAGGAAUAGUGAAUGUUGUGUUGUGCAACAAGAUAGCUUCUGCCAACUCCAAUGAUCCGUAUCAAGCAUUCCCAAAAUCCAUACAUCCUUUUUUUCUCUCUUUCUUUUUCACCUUUUUUUCUCUCUUAUUCUGUCCCUCCAUCUGUCUUGUGCUUUUUCACACAGGAAAGAGAGACACAGUGUUUAUAGAAGGUUGCCUGCAGACAGGAACUGGCCAUAUAUAGGGGUCUGUCUCCACACUGGAAGUCUCAUAAGCUUCCUCUCGAUUUCUCUCUCUCCUCUCUGUGAGCAGUUUCUAUAGCAACAGUAUUUUGUUUCCCUCGGUGGCAGGAAGGGAGAGGAGAUAGGAGUUCAAAACGAGAAUAGCGAGAGAAGAGGACAGGGCUGGACCAGAGAUAAGGCCACAAGGGAGGUUAAUAAACGAGUCUGGGUGAGACAACAGAGGAGUGCAAUAGAGGAAGUUUCGGAGAUAAAGCGCAGGAGGGUCAUCGGCUUUAGAUGCAUUAAGUGGGGGGGAUACUUGUUCUUGGAUGAGUGCCUGAUGAAAGCAGCAUUACAUAAACCAAAUUCAGGCUGACUCAGAGCUACAGUCACCUGGUCACAGCAGUGGAGACGAGGGAAAAAGAGCUGACGACUACUUUGGCAGAGAUGUAGGGCAGCCCAGCUCUGUAAAUAGUUUCAGUCAUCUGAGUAAUUAUGAUGGGUUGAAUUUUUCCUCUCGCUGCCAUAACGGCCAGCUAUACAGACUAUAUCACGAACUGACUGAACACCAUAAAGGAGAGAGGUUCAAAUGAGGUAGUUGAGAGCGUCUUAUAAAUGUCUUACACAAAUUUGUCUUUUGUUAGAGCAGUGAGAUUAUUUUAAAUUAAAUAAAAGAAUAUAAAACAGCAUUUCUCUGUUGAUAUAUGAUAUAUUUAACCAAAUAUUAUAGUCACUGUAUCGGAAAGUGCGACUCCAACUAACGUUUGACCGCUCAAGAAACUGUGAAAGAGGUGAAGUUGAGGUCAAAGCCUUACUGCAAGACCUGCAGUAAGUUUUUUUUCUCUUUAUUUUCAACACCAGAGUUUCCAGGUGAUUUAGAGACAGUAUUAAGGCACACCUCGAGAAGACAAGCCAGGGCUCUCUGUUGAGAUCUGAUUGAUCACCCCUGAUGGUCCCCCCAAAAUUCCUAAAGUACGAUGGCUAUCUGUCUCAUCAGAGGCAAUUUUAAAACCCACUGUUUGGGCUGUGGCUGCUGAAAGCCUUUAUUGGAUUUCAAUUUGGUUCAUUUCCUUUUGUUAAGACUUUAAAUUAUGCCUCUGGACAACCAUCUUUUUUGGAGUCUAUAAAGACCAGAGAAAUAUGCACAGGAUGAUAUAACAUCUGAUGACUAAGGGAACCAGAAAGGGUCAAUAAGUGCCAGUCUUAGUUUCUUCAUACUGGUCAGACCUCUGGUAAUAUCAAGCUUUUAUCAAGCUGUAGUGAUGUACUGCUAAAAUUCCUUGGUGCCAAAUCUUGCACCCAUCAUAGGGUUACACAAACUCGCCUGGUUAUUAUCACCACAGUGGCCUGCAUCCAUUAUUUCAGCAACACUCUGAGGAUCUCUCAUCUCCUCGAAAGGUGCCAGGAGAGUAUGUGUGAGUCAUACAAUGUGUUAUGAAUUCAUCAUGAGAGCGUUCAAAAGAUACACCUGCCACUGAAAUGACAGACUAAAGAAAGAGUGUAUCAUCAUCAUCAGCCAGACAGCAUUAGUCAGAGGAAAAGCCACUGACAAAUUGCUGGUGCUUUGCUGUCUCUGGGUGUUACAUUUCUGGCAAGUCGCAAAUCAAGACUGGCUCAUGUGUUACACAUGUAGUCCAGACCGUUUACAGCUCAAACUGCACUCGUUAAUAAUUCACAUCAGCUCGGGGGUCCGCGUUUUAGUGAGAUUGUGCCCAAAUCCCCUUUCAUCAGCCAGGUUGCACAAGGCUGGAAACCUUCAGAGUGUGAUAAUCUUUCACAAAUAAGAUUCCAAAGAAAGUGAGAAAAAAUAGAUAUUUAUCUUCUAAAUGAAGGGACCCACUGUUCUUUUAAAAGAUGCAACAUUAUAUAAGACUAAAUUUGUUCUUGAACAGCAGAAGAUGGACAGGAGUAGAGGAAUGCCAGGACUAGAGGAAUCUCAUUUACAGUCUCCACUAGGUCCUCCCUACCCUCGCUGCUUCCAUGACAACCAGACGGAAAGUUAAAGAUGGAGGGCGUAAUGAGUUUUUGUCUCGAGAUAGUUGCAGACGCUGCAUCUCAGCAGCUCUCUUUUUGACUUAAUGACCUCCCAUACUUACAAACCGGAUGAAAAGCAGUGCUCAUCCACCUUCAUUAGUGUCACCCAAACCUGUGUUUUUAUGUUUCAUUGAAGGCAGGAGUGAGUAGGUGUAAUUAUACAGGUAUUACUUAAGGGUCUGCGAAUGGAAAAAAGAGCUUAUUGGGAUGCACUCAUCUGUUCAAUGUGGACACACACAGGUGCUUAGCUGAGUAAGUAGGCGGUUUGUAUUCAGCCCAGUUCCUUAAGUAAAUCUGAUCAGGCUCUUGAGCUCAGUGUACACAGGCUAGAAUAACACAGCUGACAGACAUGCAAACACAAAAGCAGACUUAAGGAUGCUCUGGGGAUAGGGGGGGCUGCAUAGGAGCCGUCACAGGAAGGACUGUUUCUUUGUAAAGUGUGAAGUUACCUUUAAACAGAUUAAAAAUGAAUGACUCCUCAUUUCCUCUCUGUGCAGGGUUCCCAGGGCUCUUCCACCUCGCUGUCUUCCACUAAAGUGUCCAGCUCAGUGGAAGACGGGGAUGGAGUUGUGAAUGAAGGUGAGAAAAAGAUGUAUGUUACAAGAACAGCCCAUCUGUCUAUCAGCGCAGUGUGCAAAGGCGGUGUACGUGCGAAUAUCAUGCAUGUAUGAAUCAUGUCUAUGACCUUAUGAUGCAUCACUCUCUCUCUCUCUUCCUCGCCCACCUCUACUGUCUGCAUGUUCUUUCGUUGAUUUGUACUUUCUGUUUUCAUUGCUUUGUUUCCAUGCAUCGUUUGGCCUCCGAUUCCAAAAAUCUGUUGUGUUGAGUUCCUCCUCCUGAACUUUCUUCUUCUUCUUCCCUCUAGCUGAAGUUGUAGUCGACGAGGUUCCAGCUGUGCCAUCCUACAUAUCAGACCGCUACAAGGUGGGACGCACGUUGGGCGACGGAAACUUCGCAGUUGUCCGGGAAUGCGUGGAGCACUCCACAGGACGGGAAUACGCUCUGAAGAUUAUCAACAAGGGGAAAUGUAGAGGCAAGGUAAACUACGAAACAUGAGAAUAUACAAGGUUUCUUAUUUAGUUAGUGAAACAUGUCCGACAAAGAGCUUUUGUUCUCUAAAAUCAGCUCAAUAACUACAUUUCAAGACAACUCCGCAUUGAAAAUAUUCUUCUAAAUGUUACUAUCUACCUGUUACUUUUCUGUCUUGUUCUUAAAAGAUAUGUUUUGCAUUAUUGAGGCCAUAUUCUUGUUUCUUCAGCUGCUCAGCCAUUUCUUUCCCCAGCUAAACAAACAAUCUUGUUUGCUUUUAGACAGCAUGACAAGGCACCAAUAUCAAUUUUUGUCCAUUUCAUUAACAUUAAAAAACUCCUCAUAGGUGCUUUAAGUCCAAAUUUUAGACUGGAAGAGGGUCUCAAGAUCAUAUAAAACAAAAUUUACAAAUUCCAGGGGCAGCAGAGCUCUCCUUUUCAGCCAAUCUAAUCCAUUUCUUGUCUAAUUUCAGGAACACAUGAUCCAGAAUGAGGUGGCCAUCCUCCGCAGGGUCAAACAUCCAAACAUCGUUCUGCUCAUUGAGGAGGUGGAUACAUACAAUGAACUCUAUCUGGUCAUGGAGCUGGUCAAGGUGUGUAGCCUUUUAAUCUCAUGUAUCUUUGAAUUAUUUGCAGAAAUAUCAGAGAGUGUCAGAAAAUACGCUGUAUAAUAAGCAUUUGGUUUGGUGGUCCGUAUCUCCAAUCUGUGAGAGGGCAAAAACACCAACAGAGAAAGAACAUUGAGCCUGUGAAGCAAAUGAUAAAUUCCAACCAGUCACUCAGUGUGGGACAGAGGGAACCAGUCUGUGGCCGCGAGCGCUCGUGUGUUCACAUUCUUUAUUCUCUCUGGCUCUCUGAGUCAAGAAAUGUUUGUGCAUAAUUCAGGAGCCAGGAAUGUGAUCCAUCUGUUCGCGUUGUGGUGUGGAGUACUACAGAAUAUAGAUGAGAGGCAAUCUGUGGAAGAGAUGUGAGCGUGUCCAAAGUAGGAGGAUCGAGUGGAGGCUGUGGAUGAAUGAGGUGGAAAGAGCCGCUGCGAGGAUGACGGGGACCAAGAGCUGGAGAAGAACAGAUGGAGGCUUUAAAAGGGGAGGAAAAUAGUAAAAGCAGCAAGGGGGAAAGAGGGAUGAGAGAAAAAUGUGGUGGAACGUGCAGAGUAAAGGGUUUCUACUGGCUUCAAGAUCCUUGAUUUUGAUGGAGAUGACUCUGUGAAGCAUCAUCAUGAUUCAAUGUGACAAAGUUCAUCAAGAGAAUUUGUAUGAAGCUGUUGCAAAGGAUUUCUCUCCUGUCUAACUAGUUUGGAUAGAUGCAGUCUACAAUUAUCCAGCUCUAUGUAUACAGGAGGUGUGAUGUUUUGGCGUCCACACUCUGUAGUGGAGCUAGAGGUGAAAAUUGACACGUCAGGCACCGAGCAAAAGAAUUUCACAGCUCUCAUGUUUAAGUAACUGUUGCUUUGCAGGUCAGACUCUCACUGAAUAUGCUGGCAGAACUACAGAGAUUCAGGCCUAUUUUUAAGCCGUGCUCUACUUAGUCUACUCAAAGAGAGGGGCUUAGAGAGGAUGCAUGAGAGAGAGAAAAGUUAGAAGAGGGCGAAACUCAUCCCACAUGAAACGUGUGAAAAGCUUUGACAAACAGAGAAACAGAAGUCGGAGAGAAAAGAGGAAAGAGUGAAUUAAAGCGAGAAGUUAAAAUGAAAGGGAAAUAUUAAAGACACGAGGAGGAGAUGUUUAAACUGAGACAGAAAAUGAGGACAGAGUUUACCCCUCCAGCUGCUGAGCAAUGGAAAAUCAUGGCUGCUAAAAUCAACUUUGCAGACGAAAAACUCUCCUCAGCGGAAAAGACGAGCAACUUUUCAAACUUUGGAUCUGUCAGGUUCUGUUUCACAUUGUUCCUUAAUGCUGACAAUCCACCCAUCUGUCUGUAUGUCUGAACAGGGAGGAGAUCUGUUUGACGCCAUCACCUCCGCUAACAGAUACACAGAGAGAGACGCCAGCGGCAUGCUCUACAAUCUAGCCAACGCCAUCAAAUACCUCCAUAGCCUCAACAUUGUGCACAGAGACAUCAAACCAGAGAACCUGCUGGUGAGUACUAAGAGAGUGGGAAUAUACUGUAAACAUAGUCAUGUAACAUGCCGCAGUAUAGCCCCCCUCUCUCUCUCCCUCCUUUCUGAAUGAACUGUGAAGUGGUAUCACUCUGGACACUCAGAGGAGAUGGUGACUCAUACCUGCUGCCCUCACACCACCCGCACACUCCUUCUCCCGCGUCUUGCUUAUGCUUUCCCUCCUUUCUGCCAACCUUCAAGAUAACUUCUCUCCAUGUUCCUCAAAGAUGGUUGGACCAGAUUCAGACUUGACAAAAAUAUUUCAGUCCAGAGCUAUCAGACUAUCAGAGUAGCUGCGGUUGUCACAUUCGCUCCUGCUGGCCUGAGCAAGGGUCAGAUGUUCCUCUACCAUGUCUUCCUUUUUGCUCUUUUACUGUUUAAUUAAACAAGAAAUGCUGAGGUUUAAUACACUGCAACAAAAGCAAAGUUUUCCCACAAUUUGCUUCUCGAAUGGGACAUUUUUAUUUAUUGUUGGAGUUUCUAAUUUGGACUGUAAUGAAAUGUGUCUCAUAAUGAAAAGGAAACAAAAACAACAGUCAAUAAUGUAAGAAACUCUGGCCAAAACCUCAGCUAAAGCUCCCCUGGAUUUUUAAGUUGGUUAAUGUUUAGAUUGAAUCAAAGCUCUUGUGAGGAACCUUCAGUAUGAGUCAAUUUUGGUGCUCCCUGUAGACAAAGCAGUCUGCUUAUCUUGCCCUCUACAUGCUUUAUUGGUGAUUUUUUGUGCCUAAAGUCUCAUUAUGCUGACAUUAGACAGUCAAAUAUACUAUUUAUUGUGAAAAUUUUAUGGAAAUCAUUAUAAAUUAGCAUAAAGAAAUCAGCAAUCUUGUCACUGAUGGUCUUGUUCACUUUUGGCCGCAAUGUGAAAUUCAGUCUAUUUCAUAAACAUUAAAAAAAACUCUUUGUAGUAGCUUUAAUCUUCUUUGUUAGUUUCAAACCCUCAUUUAUUGAUAUUUUUUAGCCACACCAGGGCAGCAUACCAGGCAGCAAAGACAUGCUAGCAAACUGUUCAAUUAACUCACCAUCUGUUCACAAACCCGUCGGCACAUGAAAACACUAGCAUUUAUUUACAGGCAUAUUUAUAGCCACCUGGAAAAUAUUCGCUGUCGUUUUUGCUCUAAUUUCUGUCUCUACCUAUUUCUAAUGGAAAUGUCUGACUCUUUAAGCACUAGUUGUUCCGUUGUUUGCUAAACUGUUCACCUUUUGUUGCUUAGAGGUGAGUUUUUAGCUUUUUGUUUGACGCUGAGAGGGAGCUAAAGAAAAGUUGUCGUGUCAAGCUAACUCGUGCAGGAUUUGAAUAUUGUCAAGCUCUGGCGCCCUCCUGUGGUGAUUUAAAAAAAAAAGACAGUGUAGCAGGCAGCAUUGCAUAACUGUGCUCUCUAAAUCUCUACAAAGAUUUGACAAACAGACACAGAGAAUAAAAAGCUCAGACUCCUCUCUAGAACAUUAAAAUUCUUCAAACAAAAUCAAAAUGAAUCUAUACGUGAUUAAAAUACCCAGAAAUCCUUUAAGUUUGAAUGUGGAAACACAUCUCCUCUGUAGAAAGUUAAAAAUUCACAGUUUAUGCCACAGUCAUGAUCACAUUGAUAGCAUUGUUGUAUGUGUGUUUUCUCCGUGUUCAGGUCUAUGAGCAUGCAGACGGCAGUAAAAGCCUAAAACUGGGAGACUUUGGUCUUGCAACUGUGGUAGACGGACCCCUCUACACUGUCUGUGGGACCCCAACUUAUGUAGCACCUGAAAUCAUUUCAGAAACAGGGUAAGAGACACACUUCCUGUUGGUCUUAAAGGGAAACACUGACAGGCUGUGCUUUUAAUAGAGUGAAUAAUCCUUUGCAUGAUCACUUUAACUCAGUUUAUUGAUUUUACCAUGAUUUGAAAAUAUACAAAUUAUGUAUCUUUGUACAGGUAUGGCCUUAAGGUUGACAUCUGGGCAGCUGGAGUCAUCACCUAUAUUCUACUGUGUGGUUUCCCACCUUUCCGAGGGUAUGUCCACUGCGUAUACAUGCUGAUAUUUUAAUGUCCCAAUAGGGUGAAUCAGAGCUGUAUUUUCUUUAAGUAAAAUCACCUAAAUGUGAAAAUGUCAUUCUGUUUGCAGGAGCAAUGACGAUCAAGAGGUGCUCUUUGAUCAGAUCCUAAUGGGACAGCUAGAAUUUCCUCUACCGUACUGGGACAAUGUGUCAGAGACGGCAAAGGUACACAUCUUUUUCUGUUUAUGGUGGAUCGACACGUCUUUGAGAAAACCCUGUAAAUAAAAGAACAAAAAUUCACUGACUUAUUCUUGCUGCAGGAGCUGAUUAGAUCCAUGCUGGAGGUCGAGGUGGACCAGAGAUACUCUGCCCUCCAAGUGUUAGAGCACCCUUGGGUAACUGUAAGUACUGUUUUGACUGAGCUCAUUAAAACUCUUACACUUGUUUUCUUGUGUACAAAGACCGAUGAAAGAUUAAAGAUUUUUUCUUUUCUCUAUCAGGAUGAGGGUCUGUGCGAGAAUGAUCAUCAGCUGUCUGUAGCAGGGAAGAUAAAGAAGCACUUCAACACCAGCCCAAAGGUCAACGACACCACUGCAGGAGUGUCAGUCAUUUCCGUAAGUUACUACUGCUGGAAACCACAAUACCCAUGAUUCAACUGGUCUAAUAGUUUUGUACAGAUUCUGAUAAAUAUAUAUAUAUAUAUAUUUACUUUAUUUUAAGUCAGUUGUAUUCUCUCCUUUUUUAAACAGAUACAACUUUCAGAUUCUGGUUCUCUUUUUUCGAUGAACUGGUGUUUAGAUUGAUUUUACUGGUUUCUCUUUGUGUUCAGUUGGAUGACAGCUUUUCUAUGCAGAGAUCUGGGUCGUUGGAUUUCUACCAGCACCCGGCCAUGUACUGGAUAAGGUACGCCAGGUUUCCAUAGAGACACAGCCAGUUAGUCGGUCAAAACCCAGCAAAUAGUGUCUCUCCUCUUCGCUGUACACGGCCUCGCUUAUUGGCUGCUGCUUCUGCUGCGUUCACAGCAUCAUGUUGUCGCCGCUCUGUUGUCUUUGUGCCUGGCUUUUUGAUUUGUCUCCCCUUCUCUGGAAAUGCAUAUUCCUCCCAGUAUAUGCAUUGUUGUUGUCAGUGAUAUUUCAAACCUUGUCCUCUCUGUUGUGCUGCUGUGUAUCCCUGUCGCCUGGAUUUCACUGCUUAUGCAUCAGGAGGUGGAGUUGCCCAUAUGGAUGUUCCCGUGUCUGUUUCUUCUGAAUGUCUCUGUUGAACAUUUACUCUGAAACAAUCUUUUAUACAUAGUAAAACAAGUCUGUGUCGGUGAGAUUUCAAGUAAACCAAGUUUUUCAGUAUGUUUUUUUAUUGAUUCCCUGCACCCUGCCUUGCUGCCUCUACUUAUAGCAUGGCUUGCUUUUCAUCUGCGAUUGUCAAAACUGUUUUCUGGAGGACCCAAAGAUUCAUGAUUACCAAAAUGUACGGUGGAAUUCACUGAAUGUUUUUUAGUAAGUUGAUGCCAACAAGAGAGGUUAAUAUCAGGCUUUGAUUCAUUGGUAGCAGAAGAUAGUAUAUACUUUUAAAUUUUAAUGUUAUUUGGCACUAAAGGUCGAUUAUAAACAACAAAAAGACAAAAUGUGAUUGGAUACACAGACACUUAAUGAUUUCUAUCUGGAGAUGGCAAACAAAGAUCAUGAGUCAUUAGCUAAGCCAAACAAGAGUUAACAUCGGCAUUCAGCGAAUGACUCACUCAUGUCACUUACAGUAAAAGGGCUUUAAAAAUGUACAAGUGUACAAGACUCUCUCGGUCCUCCACACUGUAUAAAACUCUGUGAAACCCGAUUGUUACAUCAGGGGGGUUUAUAUCAUUCUCCUGUUCCUGUCUCCUUCAGGCCACCCCUUUUGAUAAGGAGGGGCAGGUUCUCAGACGAGGACGCCACCCGGAUGUGA